UUUAAUUGAAAGGCAGUGCUUUUUAAUCUCAUCAACUGCUGUUGUUCAGAAUUGAUGCUAAACCCACAUAGAAUCUUGUCUCUUUGUUUCCAAAGUCCUAGUGACUAGAUCAACUCAUCUGGAGGUAUACAUUUCAUGAUUUUUUAAAGAGAAAUAAUAAACCUGGUUUGCCAGGCAAAAGGAAAUUGUUCAAAGUUGGCAGUUGAUCCGCUGAUAGCCUAUGUUGGAGUCUAUUAACAUCUGCUUUAUGCCAACACUUUGGGGGUAAUAAAGGAGAUACCAUUGGGAAGUAGACAACAUUUCAACAGAGGAGCUUGCACAAGUCCACUCAGAGGCAUUCACCUGAGUUCCUAACUUUGAAGAAGACAUCUCAGUACUGGAGCACACGCAAGUCUACACUAAGGCAUUAGAUCAAUAGGUGUCAAGUUCUAAAUAAAUCUCCACACUGGAUUUUGCACAAGUCUACACCAUUGGAUCACUUGGGUGUCCAACUGUAAAGAAAUCUCAAAGCUGAAGCUUGCACAAGUCUACACCAAUGCAUUGGAUCCCUGGGGUGUCCAAUUAUCAAGACGACAUCUUAACACUAGAGUUUUCACAAGGCUACACCAAGGCAUUGGAUCAGUUGGGUGUCCAGCACUAAAGAAGACAACAUCUCAACAGUGGAGCUUGCACAAGUCCACACUGAGGCACUGAAUUUUCUGGGUUUCCAGCUAUUUUCCAACUUAUUUUGUGUAGUCCAAAUUUUGCACAUGUUCCUGAGAACCUUUCUGCUUUUAUGGUGCUGUGCAUUACUGGGUUCUAGACAGAUGUUGCGCCACCAGGGUUUAAUCAAGUGCCGCUGCCACAUGUUCUUCAAUGACUUGAAAGUCUUCCUGCUUCGGCGCCCUCCUCCAUCCCUUAGCUUGCCCAUGACCACCUCACAAUGUGAUCUGGGCCCUGGGGGUGGCUUGGCAGCCAAUAAUAACACAUUGACAGCCUUGGGGAGACCAUGGAGGGCGCCAAUAGGUGGGACAACUCCAGAGGAGGACUGGAGUUGCCCAGCAACAGCUAUUGGACUUCAGCACCAGCCCAUGUCUGUGGUUGGUAGCACUUCAUCAGAUGAGUUCUGCAAAGGGAAAGCUGAAGAUAGAUACUCUGUUACCAGCAGUCUGGACAGUGGGAUGAGGACCCCUCUCUGUAGGAUCUGCUUCCAAGGAACUGAACAGGUAGGUACCCAAUGUACAACUCUUCCUGUAGAACAAGAAGGGGGAGGGGGAGAAUGUUGUACUCCACUUCCUAUUUUGUUACAAAUCUCAAAGAUCAUAUUACAGAUGGUUAUUCUAAACAGAUUAUUAGCAGUAGUGCUGGUAUUGCUUUUAUUGCGUUGUUAUCUUAAUAUAAAAAGUAUUGUACAUUGCCAGGAUAGUGAAUACACUCUCUAAAAGGGGUACAGACAUAGGAGGGCUAUAUGUGAUGUACUUGAGUUAUUUAAAUUCAGUAGCAGCGGGCUUUGCACAAUGUUUCUAUCUGCAUUUGCGAUAUCUGCGCAUAUACAUAGACAGACAGAAUUGUGAUAAACCAUCAACUGAAUCAUAACAUUUAGGCCCAAGUAUCGGAGCUCAGAAAAUAGUUGAGGUUUUGAGUGGUUUCCCAUAGCAGAGCUAUUUUAGCCCAAACUUUGCAAUUUAAUUUGCAAAGUCUUGAUUAUUACCCAAGUAGAGUGCUAUAUAUUUAUAUUUAAUGUGAGUUUGUCAUGUUAACAUUUUUAGCACAAUAAUAUUUCUCCCGAAAACAUAGUUCUAUUUUGUAUUGUAAUUUUGUUUUCUUCAAAAAUGUGCCUUUUUAAAGAUUUUUUUUGUUUGUUUUUUAAAUUAUUAUCUUACCCCAAAGAUCUAUUUACACGAGACAUUCUACAGCUGGUAGAUAGACACUAAAGGAGGAGUUAACCCUAGCAGGUAAUUAUUGCAAUUUAUAAAAACUGCAAUCAUUUCAUGCUUAGGGUUAAGGUUGAUGGUACAAUGCACCCAGACCAUUUCAAUGGGCUGAAGUGGCCUGUGUGCCUGCACUGUACCUCUAAUGAGAAGUAUUUACAAGGCAGGUGCUCUUGGCAAUUGACUCUCUAGUGAGUUCAGUUCCACUGAGUUAAACAACCAGGAAGUAAUAGAACUAGCUGUCUGAUUGAACAUCAGUGGGUUGUAACCAAGUAAAUUUAUAAAAGUGUCAAUUUCUACUGAAAUCUACACAUUUGUAAAAUGAAAAAAAAGAGGACAUACUCUUCACACAUAAAGCACUUUCAGCAAGCUGGAGUAUUACUUAAAACUAUAUAGACCCAAACCAUAGGCUGUUCAUACAGCAGCAGGCUGAGACUUAGAUUGUAAGCUUGUGAGCAAAGUGUUAAAAACAAUUGUAUCAGUUUGUGUCUGUCUAUCACACUCAAUGCUUUUUUACUUUGUAUUCCCUGAUUAUAAUAAUCACUAAUCAAACCAACCAAACAUUGUCUGGAAUCUAAAGUUGCAAAGCAUUGUGGGAGUGUGUUAUGAAUAGCCCAAUUUUCUAUAUCCCUGUCUAUGCAUACAUUGUAUAGUUGCAAGUGUGAUGCUUUUACAUAAUGAUAAUGCAUUAUUGGGAACAAUAUUAUACCCUGCAUUAUUAUUCAGAUGUACAGAACAAUUUGUGGCAUUAUCACUUUGAUAAUUUCUGGUAAUUUGUGGGUACAUUGAGGAAUCUGCGUGGUGAGAUAUGAACCUCUGAUCUAUCAAAAGCCAUGUUAAAUCCAGAAAUUGGACUAAAAUGUGCAAUAGUUGCGUGAAAUGUAAUGGGAUUUAGGGAUUAAAAGGAAGGGUGUAAAUGUGUGGCUCCCUGGGCCAUAUUGAACAAAGAGGUAUUGUCUUGGGCCACACAUAGACUAUAUAAUAUAAAUAAUUUAUAUAAUAAUACUUCAAAAGCCCUUUUCUUAAUUUUGAUUGAUUUUCAUUGUUUUAGUAGAUAACUACCUUAUUUGUUAUCCUUAUGUGGAAUUGCCAUAUUUAAAGAUAUUAACUUAGGGAGCUAUCUACUAAACACAUAUAAAUAUAUGUACAUAUACACAUAACCACAGAUAUACACAUACAUACACAAUCACAUAUACAUACACACACUUAUAAUGACAGACUUAUACACCCAUACAAUCGCAGACUUAUAUACACACAGACCUAUACACACACACACACACACAAUUGCAGACAUACACACACAGACAUAUAUACAAUCACAGACAUAGACACACACAUAAUCACACAUAAUCACAGACAUACACAAACACACUGGAUCUCUCUGCAGCCUUCUGGAUCUCUCUGCAGCCAGACUCUAACUUCUCACACAACCACAGACAUACACACAAUCACAUACACACAUACAUACACAUACUCACAGACAUACACAUAAUCACACACUUACACAAACAUGAUCACAGACCUCUUCACACAAUCACAGACAUACACACACAUAGUCAAAUAUAAUCACAGACAUACACAAACACACAUAUAUACACACAAUCACAGACACACACACAAUCACAGUCAUACACACACAUACACAUAAUCACACACUUACACAAACAUGAUCACAGACCUCUUCACACAAUCACAGACAUACACACAUACACAUAGUCAAAUAUAAUCACAGACAUACACAAACACACAGAUAUACACACAGUCACAGACAUACACACAAUCACAGUCAUACACACACAUAUACAUAAUCACACACUUACACAAACAUGAUCACAGACCUCUUCACACAAUCACAGACAUACACACACACACACAUAGUCAAAUAUAAUCACAGACAUACACAAACACACAGAUAUACACACAAUCACAGACAUACACACAAUCACAGUCAUACACACACAUACACAUAAUCACAGACUUCCACAAACAUGAUCACAGACCUCUUCACACAAUCACAGACAUACACACACACACAUAAUCAAAUACAAUCACAGACAUACACAAACACACAGAUAUAGACACAACCACAGACAUACAAACAAUCACAGACAUACACACACACGCACACACACAUAAUCAAAUAUAAUCACAGACAUACACAAGCACACAGAUAUACACACAACCACAGACAUACAUACAAUCACAGUCAUACACACACAUACACAUAAUUACAGAUUUACACAAACACAAUCACAAACCAACACACAUACACAUUCAAUCACAGAUACACACACAUACAAUCACAGACCUAUAGACAAUCAAAGACAUACACACAUAAUCACAGACCCACAAACGCACACAUACAAUCUCACACCUAUGCCCACAAUCAUAUACAUACACACACACAAUCAUAGCUAUACACACACAAUUAGACUCACACACACACAUACAAGCACAGACCUAUACAUGCAAUCCCUUACACACAUAAUCAAAUAAAUACACACACAUAUACGUAAUCACACACAUAACCACAGACAUACACAAACACAAUCACAGGCCCACAUGCAUAAAAUCAAAGACACAUAAUCACAUACACACAUAAUUACUGGCUUACACGCAGAAAAAUCACAUUCAAACACACACAUUUAGUAAUUAAGAGGUCCACCCGGCCUCUCUACCUUGCUCUGGGAAGGCUGGAGCCAACCCUCUCCCUGGUGGCCAGUGGUUGCUGGCUGCUGUGAUGCGAUCACUGUGCUCUUCCUGCACAGGUUCAUUUAGACGGGCAGCAACAGUGAUAUUGAAAUGGAUUUUUAUGAGUGAUGGUUAAAGGCUUCUGUGCAAAAAUAAUGAAAAAGCAGCAGGAGUGACAUUGUGGAAGAAAGUUAGGAGUUAGUGGGAGUUUAUGGAGGUAAAAACAUUCCUGGACACAGUAGCCCGUCUCCCCAUCAUCCUGUUUCUCUGUCUCCAUAUGUGUCUCAUGAUCUGGCUUUAUAUUGUCCCAUUUAUUUCUUUAAGAAACUCUGGUAGCUCUGUGUAACUCGCGACAGAAGACAUUUUUUUUAGUAAUGAGCAAUUUAACAAACGAACAGGGACAAUUAAACAUUCUGACAAAAUGAGAAUUGUCUAGGGGUCACUUCAUUAAAUUGUUUGUCGUGUUUUGUUGUGUAUUGAAUCUCUCUGAAACACCUGCUGGAUCUCUCUGCAGCCAGACUCUAACUCCUCCCUCCAGUCUACCUGAAUGUUUAUACCCCCUCCCUCUAGUCACCCUUAAUCUUUAUACCCCUCCCUCCAGUGUACCUGAAUGUUUAUACCCCCUCCCUCCAGUCACCCUUAAUUUUUAUACCCCCUCCCUCCAGUCACCCUUAAUCUUUAUACACCCUCCCUCCAGUCUACCUGAAUGUUUAUACCCCCUCCCUCCUGUCUACCUGAAUGUUUAUACCCCCUCCCUCCAGUCACCCUUAAUCUUUAUACCCCCUCCCUCCAGUCACCCUUAAUCUUUAUACUCCCUCCCUCCAGUCACCCUUAAUCUUUAUACCCUUCCCUCCAGUCUACCUGAAUGUUUAUACCCCCUCCCUCCUGUCUACAUGAAUCUUUAUACCCCCUCCCUCCAGUCACACUUAAUCUUUAUACACCCUCCCUCCUGUCACCCUUAAUCUUUAUACCCCCUCCCUCCAGUCACCCUUAAUCUUUAUACCCCUCCCUCCAGUCUACCUGAAUGUUUAUACCCCCUCCCUCCAGUCUACCUGAAUGUUUAUGCCCCUCCCUCCUGUCACCCUUAAUCUUUAUACCCCUCCCUCCAGUCUACCUGAAUGUUUAUACCCCCUCCCUCCUGUCUACCUGAAUGAUUAUACCCCCUCCCUCCAGUCACCCUUAACCUUUAUACCCCCUCCCUCCUGUCUACCUGAAUGUUUAUAACCCUCUCCUUCCGGUCAGCCUUAAUCUUUAUACCCCUUCCUUCCUGUCUAACUGAAUAUUUAUAUCCCCUCCCUCCUGUCUACCUAAAUGUUUAUGCCCCCUCCCUCCAGUCUAUCUGAAUCUUUAAGCCCCCUCCCUCCAGUCUAUCUGAAUCUUUAAACCCACUCCAUCCUAUCUACUAGAAUCUAUAUACUCCCUCCCUCCAGUCUACCUGAAUCUUUAUAUGCCCCUCCACACAUUCAAUAUGGAUCUUUAUAUGCCCCUCCACACAUUCAAUAUGGAUCUUUAUACUGCCUGAGUCUACCUGAAUCUUUAUAUCCCACUUCCCCAGUCUACCUGAAUCUUUAUAUCCCCCCAUUCUACCUGAAUCUUUAUAUCCCUCCAUUCUACCUGAAUCUUUAUAUCCCCCCAUUCUACCUGAAUCUUUAUAUCACUCAAUUGUACCCCCAACCACCACUCCACCUGAAUCUUCAUCCACCCCAGUCUGCCUGAGGAACUCUUACAUUCAGUCAAAUUAAUCUUUUAAAUGCACUUCCCUCCAGUGUCUCCAAGGAUUUUAAAUACCCCUCCCUCCAAAUCAUUUAAAUACCCCUCCUUUUAAUCUUCCUCAGUCUUUUAUGUGCUCAAUCUGUCCAGCUGGGACAAAUCAUCUAAAUAACCCUUCUUACGCCCUCUCUGGCAAAUUAUUGUGAAGUCCCCUCCAUGUAGUCUGUCUGUGUCACCUUGCAAGUCAGACUGUAUUUCCAAUCACAAGCUCUGCCCCGUCAUGUGACUGUUACGAACCUUUCCCCAACAGUACGCAUAUACAACCCACCCUUAGAAGAUAUGACACAACAUUAAUCACUUCCUAUUACUUAUUCACCAGGAGCUUAAUGGAACCCAACUAGCUUGGUGAAUUCCGCAUCCUUAGAACAUUCUGAUCCAAAAUAAUUUUAUCUUCAGUCUCAAUAGUACUGAGCUUGAUGGACGCAUGUCUCUAUCAUGUAACUAUGUAUCUAUGUAGGAACUGAUUGGUAAAUGUGACACACACAUGUAGCCCUGCUGAGAGAUAUUUCCGUAUCCUUCUAACACGUAGGAUGCUGAAUGUCACAGGAAAUCUGCAGAAAGUAAAAUGUUACCAGCCAGGCCUUUCAGUUCUAAACAUGGCCAGACAGCCCUUUUAAAGCCAGGUAGUGAUUACCAUGACUCAUUGUAAAAAACUAGCAAUUAAAUGGCAGUCGCUGUGCGCAGGAAAUCAAGUAAAAGCUACAUAGUUUAAUUUAUAGCAUUUUAUUUUAUUACUUUAACUCAGUUUAUUGGGUACACCCUAAAGAAAUUACAGAAACAAAUAGAUUUAUUCUUUAAUUUGUGAAUUGUUGGGGAUUCACCCUGGGAACUGUUUGGAAUCUUAUCUAAAUAGCAGACAUGUUCAAAAACAGCCUUUUUUAUGUCUAAAAUUUGCAGUUACCUCAUCCUUGGAAAAUCAUUCACAAAAAGAUCACAUAAUUUAAAAUAAUAAUACUUGAAUUAAAAAAAGUUAUUCGAAUCAGAUAUUUUUCCAGCUCUGCCUGUUUUGGUUUGAAUAAAUAAGAAAUAUGGACUUGCCAGAAAUUCUUAUUUUUCCUGAUGUCUGAAAUUCUCUGGCAGUUCAGGGCAAUUACCAUUUAGUGACUAUUAGUGUGUUUACCUUCCUCCCCCACAACAAACAAUAAACCAUCUGUCCUCAGCAUGGAGGGAUGGAAAUAGGUAUUGCAGGUGAGAUAACUGAUAUAGUCAAAAACUUGGCAACAUGUGUACGCUCACCGCUCUACAUACACUGAUCAGCCACAACAUUAGAACCAGCAACAGGCGAAGUGAAUAACAUUAAAAUACUAUUAAUUAUAUUGUUACAAUUACAGGCGAAGUGAAUAACAUUGAUUAUGUUGUUAUUGGGCAGUAAGUGAACAGUCACUUCUUGAAUUCCAUGUGUUGGAAGCAUAAAAAAUGGUCAAGCAAAAAGAUCUGCGUGACUUUGACAAGGGCCAAAUAAUGAUGGCUAGAUGACCGGGUCAGAGCAUCUCCAAAACGGCAAGUCUUGUGUUGUGUUGCCGGCAUGCAGUAAUUAGUACCUACCAAAAGUGAUGCAAAAAAGGACAACCAGUAAACCGGUGUCAGGGGUAUGGGCACCCAAUACUCAUUGAUGCACAUGGAGAUCUCAUUAUGGAUUAAUGGCCGUAAUAGAAAGGGGUCAGAACAAACAGAGCAUCACAGUUUGCUGCGUAUGGGGCUGCAUAGCCAUAGACUUGUCAGAGUGCCCAUGAUGACCUCUGUCUAUGUACCUUCAAUGGAGACCUAAGCAUUAGAGCUGGAUCAUGGAGCAGUGGAAAAGGAUUGCCUGGUCUCAUGGAUCACAUUUCCUUUAUAUCAGGUGGAUGGCUGGUUGUUUGUGCUUUGUUUACCUUGGGAAGAGAUGGCAGCAUGAUGCAUUAUUGAAAGAAGGCUGGCCAGCCGAAGCAGGGUUAUGCUCUGGGCAAUGUUCUGCUUGGAAACCUUACUCUUACUUUGACAUGUACCACCUACCUAGAGAUUAUUGCCCACCACAUACAUGGCAAUGGUGUUCCCAGGUGGUAGUGGCCUCUUUCAGCAGGAUAAUGCAUCCGGCCACACUGCAAACAUUGUUCAAGAAUGGUUUGAUUGGUUUGAGGAACAUGACAAAGAGUUCAAGGUUACCAUGGCCUCCAAUUUCCCCAGAUCUCAAUCCGAUUGAGCAACUGUGAGAAGUCCUGGAACAACAAUCUGAUAAAUGGAGGACUUGGAGAGUCCAUGCGUCUAUGCAUCAGAGUUGUUUUGGCAGCACGAGGGGAACCUACAAAAUAUUAGGCAGGUGGUUUUAAUGUUGUGGCUGAUCAUUGUAUAUUUUAUGUGAUUAAAAGGGCAGUGUGAGCACAUAGAAACAUAGAUUGUGACGGCAGAUAAGAACCAUUCGACCCAAUUUUCUAACUACUUUCAUUAGUCCCUGGCCUUAUCUUAUAGUUAGGAUAGCCUUAUGCCUAUGUCACGCAUGCUUAAACUCCCUCACUGUGUUAACCUCUACCACUUCAGCUGGAAGGCUAUUCCAUGCAUCCACUACCCUCUCAGUAAAGUAAUACUUCCAUCAUCAUUUCAUCUAUCUGUAGUGCUGAUGGUGAUACUAGAUUUAAGAACUGUCCCUGGCUUCCUGGUCGAACUGAUUUUAAGUGAUACCUCAGGGGCCACUGGUUUUAGUCAGCUCUCUUUAAAAAAGUUUUUUUCUCCAGACCCAGGGCACAGUUUCCACAGGCUACAAGUACUGUAACUACUAUAACAAGUUGCAGUGGUUAUGGUUUUUAGCAUCUUUAAUGAGAUGGACAAGCUCUCGGUGUGAGCUAUGGCAUUUUUAACCAAUACAAUAGAAGCCAUAAGAUAUCAUGGAGGAGAUCUGAUUGGUAGAUUAGCUGUGUCGGGGUUUUCAGACACUAUAAAGGGAGAGGUGCUGAGAGAGAUGAGAGAUGGAAAUUAAAAUCCAAAUCUUUAAAUGUACACAGUGUGAAAACAGGCAUUUAACCAGCCCUAGUUGUCGUAUGCUAAUUUGCAAAGUAAAUAAAAUGCCGGAUAUUUGCCAAUUGAACAUUUCUAUAAAAUAUUAUGUUGCCUUCAUUUGCGGUUAUUAAAUCCCAAGACAUCUUUUUUGUUAAUCAGUUAAAUCCCAAGACAUCUUAUUCGAAUGUUAUUGUGGGAGGAUUUUUCUUCUAUUCUUCCAUUUUCUGUCAUUCUAAGUCAUGUUGUUCGGCUGAAAAACAAGGCCACAUUCACAACUCCAAACAUGCUAUCUCCCCUGGGAGAUUGUGUUCCACACACCUUAGUAAAUGGGUAUUGGGACCCAAGAGAAUGUGAUUCUGUCUGUUAUCAGAGAGGUGUUCUGGGCCGCCAGAAAGCCGUGUAUAGAACAUGGACUGGCAAGAUGUACAGAGAGAUAAGGGGAAUGCUGCAUUCUAUUCCACGCUCUACAUGGGAUCCAGCAUUACAUUCACUGAUUGAUAACACUAUUCCCUCUAAUUAGUCUCCAUACAUUCCCACCAGAUCCCGAAAAUGCCUUCCAAGAAUCUCUGAUAUCGAGAGCAAGAACACAACGCAGACAGAGAAGGAUAGUAAAAUACUGUGUGUGGGGGAUGGGAGGAUAGACAGACAGUGAGAGAGAGAGAGAGAGAGAGAGAGAGAGAGAGAAAGGCAGGGUUUAGAGAGAAAGAUAGUUAUCAGAGAGAGAGAAAGAGAGACAGACUGAGGUAGAGAGAGACAAGAAAGAGGGGGAAGUAACAUACAGACAGUAAGAGAGACAGAGUGACAAAGAGCGAGCGAGAAAAGAAAUGGUGACAGACAAUUAUUCAUAUUAUUUAUAAAGCACCAACAGAUUCUGCAGCGCUGUACAAUAGGUGGACAAACAAACAAAUAGAAGCAACAAGAUGAGUUAAAUGUGCAGGAAGGUGCUGGUCAAAGGAGCUUAUAAUCUAAGGGGAGUGGGGUAAUAUGAAACCAGAGGUAAAGGACACAGUGACCGCCAGAAACUGAGACGGUGACAGUGAGAGAGACAGAGUGACAGGGACAGAGAGGAUGACAAUGAGAAAGACAGAGUGACAGAGACAGAGAGCGUGACAGUGACAGAGUGACAGAGACAGAGAGGGUGACAGAGAUGGAGUGACAGAGACAGAGAGGGUGACAGUAACAGAGACAGAGUGACAGAGACAGAGAGGGUAACAGUGACAGUGUGACAGAGAGGGUGACAGAGACAGAGUGACAGAGACAAAGAGGGUGACAGUGAUAGAGACAGAGACUGUAACAGUGACAGAGUGACAGAGAGGGUGACAGAGUGACAGAGACAAAGAGGGUGAUAGUGACAGCGACAGAGAGUAUGACAAUGAGAGAGACAGAGGGACAUAGAUAGAGCGGGUGAUAGUGACAGAGACAGAGAGUAUGAUAAUGAGAGAGACAGGGUGACAGAGACAAAGGGGGUGAUAGUGACAGAGACAGAGAGUAUGACAAUGAGAGAGACAGAGUGACAGAGACAGAGAGGGUGACAGUGACAGAUAUGGAGUGACAGAGAGAGAGAGGGUGACAGGAGAAGUGACAGCCAGUGAGAAAGAGACAGAUAGUGACAGAGAGAAAGACGCAGGUAUAAGUAUUAGACUUGCUCCCAUUGCUGUUCUCUCCAGAUAUCACAGAGUUAAAUGAAAUGUUCUUGGAACCCUGAGCACUGCUCUGAUAUGUUUCUAAUCGCAUUGUGUUCCAGGCUAAACAUGUAUCUUAUCCACCCUUGUGAGUCCGUAUUACCCUCCGGAAGGUGAUGCCGGCUCCCUGGGGCUCUGUCUGAGCAGAGUAUGAGCAGUGCAGCUCUGCAGCAAUACUGACACCAUGUCCAGAGCUCUGUCUCAGGCUGGAUUACCCAGGAGGUGCCCCUAUCCAAAUGUCACUAACAGAAACAUUCCCUGAAAUCUGUCCCCCUGCAUGUUCCCAGGCCAGGCUAAGAAUUAUUGACUAAUACUAAGCUCUAUCCGUCUUUACCUGUCUGCUCUAAGAGUUAAUAUAGUGUAUGGGGAAAUAAUAUACAGUAUGGACAAUAAUAUACAGAAUGGGGUAAUAAUAUACAGUAUUGAGUAAUAAUAUACAGUAUGGACAAUAAUAUACACUAUGGGGUAAUAAUAUACAGUAUGGACAAUAAUAUACAGUAUUGGGUAAUAAUACACCACAUGUGGUAAUAAUAUACAGUAUGGACAAUAAUAUACAGUAUUGGAUAAUAAUAUACAGUAUUGGGUAAUAAUACACCGCAUGGGGUAAUAAUAUACAGUAAUGAGUAAUAAUAUACAGUAAUGCGUAAUAAUAUACAGCAUGGGGUAAUUAUAUACAGCAUGGGGUAAUAAUAUACAGUAAUGAGUAAUAAUAUACAGCAUGGAGUAAUAAUAUACAGUAAUGCAUAAUAAUAUACAGCAUGGGGUAAUAAUAUACAGUAUAGACAAUAAUAUUCUGUAUGGGGUAAUAAUAUACAUACGGGGUAAUAAUAUACAGCAUUGGGUAAUAAUAUACAGCAUGGGGUAAUAAUAUACAGUAUUGGGUAAUAAUACACCACAUGUGGUAAUAAUAUACAGCAUUGGGUAAUAAUACACCACAUGUGGUAAUAAUAUACAGCAUUUGGGUAAUAAUAUACAGCAUUGGGUAAUAGUAUACAGCAUGUGGUAAUAAUAUACAGUAUUGGGUAAUAAUACACCACAUGUGGUAAUAAUAUACAGCAUUUGGGUAAUAAUAUACAGCAUUGGGUAAUAAUACACCACAUGUGGUAAUAAUAUACAGUAUUGAGUAAUAAUACACCACAUGUGGUAAUAAUAUACAGCAUUGGGUAAUAAUACACCACAUGUGGUAAUAAUAUACAAUACUGGGUAAUAAUACACCACAUGUGGUAAUAAUAUACAGCAUUGGGUAAUAAUACACCACAUGUGGUAAUAAUAUACAGCAUUUGGGUAAUAAUAUACAGCAUUGGGUAAUAAUACACCACAUAUGGUAAUAAUAUACAGUAUUGGGUAAUAAUACACCACAUGUGGUAAUAAUAUACAAUACUGGGUAAUAAUACACCACAUGUGGUAAUAAUAUACAGCAUUGGAUAAUAAUACAUGUGGUAAUAAUAUACAGCGUUGGGUAAUAAUACACCAUAUGUGGUAAUAUUAUACAGCAUUGUGUAAUAAUACGCCGCAUAUGGUAAUAAUAUACAGUACUGAGUAAUAAUACACCACAUGUGGGAGUGGAGCUCUGAAGUUUAUCAUGUUGCGAUGCUUUAUAUUUGAAGUUUCAGUAGAAAUUGACACUUUUAUAUAUUAACCUUGUUACACCUUCCUGGCUGUCAAUCAAUCAACCGGUCCUGUUACUUCCUGCUUUGGUUAACUCAGUGGAGAUAAACUUGAAAAGGCAGCAAUUGCCCAACUGCAAAGACUUCUCAUUGAGCUGCAUUGGGAAGUCUGUGAUUGGACAGCCACAGAAAGUCUGGGCGGGGUUAGAAAGGGAGGGCUUGUAAAGGCUGCAGACAAGAGACCAGCAACAUUUUUACGCUGUUCUUAGAUAUACCGCAGUGUAAAAAUGCAUAAUUAACGCAUACAUGUUUUUAUUUUGGGUGUAUCUAAUGAAGAGUGAUUUAUUUAUUUUGUAUUUGUGUAAUGCAAUGUCCCUUUAAAAGUGACUGCUCUCACGAGCAAGGGACCUUUUUUCCUGUGAAAAGGCAGCCUCGUGUAGAUCACCUUAUAUGACAAUGUCCUGGAUACAAAGCUGUUAAUCAAUACAAACAGCAUCCGUCUAAGUGUUAGUCAUGCUGUGUGUCCAUGGUAUGAAAGCUUUAUUUCCUGUCCUAAAUUCAAUCCCCAGCAUGCAGGCCCUUAGCAGGUAGAUAAUCAAAUGAGCACAAGUAGUAAUUAUAGCAAAACAUGAACUUUUUAAAAUAAAUAAUAUAUACAUAAAACAUACUGACUUUCAACUUGUACAGUACGGAAAUGUUUGUAGAGUAAAACCUUACACCGGCCGGUGAGCGAGAUAACAGGUUUGCUCGAUGGCAAGUCUGGGCCUAAUUUGGGAGAUUUAGACAUUGUUAAUAUUUACAUAACAGGUUCACUUUAUGUAGCAGAGAUUUAUUUUUUGCAUUCCCGCAGUGAUAAGGCCAAUGUUUCUCUUCUUUCUCAAUCCACUGUUACACACAUGUAUUCCUAAUGCUAUAGUGUAACUAUUUCUAUAUUGGUGUCCUCCCCCCCCCCCCCCCCCAUGCCAUGAGAGUUAAAAGGUGAGUAUUACCUUGCUGAGAUUAUCAAGAGCGAUGAUCUCAGACAAUACACAAGGAAGCAUUACAAGACUAUUGCGCAUGUGCUGUGAAUUUCUGUACUGCGCCAAUCAGAUGGUCUCUGCGAGCAGCAUUUUAUUGAGAAUCGAGUCUGACUCAGUUCCCACAAGGGAAGCGGUGAUUGUCAGGACGAAAGCUGCAAGGAGUGUGUUUAACCCUGUAAUGAAACCAUUGUCAUUCCUACAGAAACGAUGGUGUUUCUGUUUCUGUUUUGUAGUUUGUUCUUUCCGAAUGUGAUUCCUGUAGCUCCCUGGAUGAUUUUCUAUAUUACUGCUUCAGUGUAAGAGGUGUUAAGUGUCUACAUUGUAGCCGGUUAAUCUCCACUAAUUAUUCCCUACUAGUAAUCUGGGGUCAGACACAGGACACAGCUUUCCUGCCUUAGGCUUCAAAAGUGUCUCCUGGUCAAACUGCGCUAAUUAUCCAAGCAGUGAAUCAGCGCACUCCCUAGAACACUGACGCACUCCUUGAAAGAACACAGUGUACAUACAUGAAACAGACACAAGCCAUGUUUUUUAAAAUCCACUUCCACACUAUGAUACAAAGAUGGUUCUCCUGUUAAAUGUCCAUGUUCAUUCCAUAGAUCAUAAAGUCUUCCUGUCUAUCGAUUAGUUGGUUGAUUGAUUGAUUGAUUGAUUAAUUGGUUGAUUGAUCGUUGGAUGGAUUUUAUUCUUUCUGUCUGUCGGUAUGACUGGCUUUCUGACAGAGCUGUUUUAAUAGAGCAAAUAAUUCUAAAUGUACCUGUUUGUAUCCUUGGUCAGCCUCUUAGAAACACAUUUAUGUCACCAGAACUGUAAUUGAGUAGAUUCCAUAGCAUCACUGCCCUAACUGGGAAGGAUGAACCUCAGAAUAUGGGAAACUCCAGAUAAAGUUUGUGGCCAUAACUCAUUAUAUCUGUUUCUAGAAUAAAAUCCCUAGUAACUAUCUUCUCUCAGUAUCCUCAACAUGUAUGUUCAAAGAAUACACACCCCAUGUACUCCACAUGGAGUUCUCACUUUUUCCUGUAAUGUGAGAUGUUAAACUCCACAUGAUGUGAGAAAAGGCAAAUUUUAAAGUCUGUGAAUUUUUUUAUCACCUGCUAUCACACUUCAGAUACCAGAAUUGAUAUUAUUUUUAUUAAUAUAUAUAAAAAAAACAACCUUCAUAUUAACAUAUGGACUUGUGAUGGUUGAAUAGCAAAAUGUUAAAUCUUUUGUAUUUAGUAAAUCAGGAGAUAUGAUAAAUGUCUGGAAAAAAGUGUUAUCUAAUAGUUUCUAUUUUAGUUAAUUUUGUCCUAAAAUUCUCAGUCCCCUGAUCGCCUCCUCUCUGUUCUCAGAUAUAUCAAUCACAUACAUACAGAAAUUUUUUCAGAUUGAAACCGUAGCUGUCAAAGGUGGUUAGACACAUGGAGUUUGUUUAGUAGGAAAUCACAUAAAAGAAAAAUAAUACCGUUUUUUAAUUAUUAUUUUUAUGAAAUGGGAAUUGUAAGGAAUUUACAAUGAAUUCUAAGUGAAUAUCAAAUUGAGUUCAAAAUAGCUGAAUUGUACAAAAAUUCCCCAGAAUUCAAGUUGACUAUUUUGCUCAAAAAUAUAAAAUUCUGUUUGAAUUAGACUUGUGCCUGACAAUAAAAUGUUGGCUCUUACGAAUUGAUAAAAUUCUGGUUUUUUAACAAUUUCCAGUUAUGAAGAAUUGUGGUGAAACAUUCAAAAACUUUCAAAUCAGUCUGAAAAUUGCCGGGGAAGCCCUAAAUGAAAGGAAAAAGUGCUUACAAUGUAAAAACAAAACAAAAACAACUCUAAGACUGUAAAUGAAGUAAGUGUUAAAGGGAUACUAUAGUGCCAGGAAUACAAAGCUAUUGCUCCCCUGCCUCCCCCUCCCUUGUCAUUAACCCCAACGCAACGAGCGGUGUCCUCAUGCAGAAAAUUAAGACAUCCAGUGUCAGAUAGUGCUUAUAGUGUCCCUUUAAGUGGCCAUGCCUACUAGAUUUGUGCACUGCAAAACAAACGAUUUUUUAAAAAAAUUUCAAUUGUGAAGAAUUUCAGUUUAACUUUGAUUCGAAUUUCUGAGAUUGAAAUGGACACUGAAUCGGUCAAAAUGCUGCCAAAUUCCAAUUCUCACCAAUCCGAAUCUCCAAGUCCAGUCUGAAUUCACUUUGAACUCCUGUCAGCAUUUGAAUGUCCCUUUAAUGUGCACAAAUCACUGCAGACACAGUGUCUUAUAUUUAAAUAAUGCUAUACCUAUCCCCAUAUUAAAUGUACACACUUUAUUUGGGAUAUUAAGCUGUCUCAGAAUAAUUGGGAAGAUGUAAUAAAACCAUUGUAUAAGCAUAUGGGAAAACUAGACUUUAUAUUAAAGGAAAAUAGACUACUUACAGGAUUAUUCACUAAAGUGGGAAUGACUGAGAAUUCGAAGUGAAUUCAGAGUGAAUUUCAAAUUUAAAGGGACACUCCAUUGCCCAAAUACAAAAUUAAUAAACAUCACUGUUUAAUAGAUAUACCCCAAAUGAAAACUUGCAUGCAUUUAAUUAUGCAUUUUUUUUCACUCGGGGUAUAUCUCAAAAAACAGCUUGCAUGAGCUGCAUUUCUCUUGUUUGCAGCCUUUGCAAGCCCUCCCCUUCUAACCCCGCUCAGACUUUCUGAGGCUGCCCAUUUAACAGACUUCCCAAUGCAGCUCAAUGAGAAGUCUUUGCAAGGCAGGUGCAGAUUUUAUACAGGUUAUUAUAUUAACACUACUUGCAUGCUGUACGUGCACAAAUCAUUUCACUUGCGACAAACAAACCAAAUUCCUUUUAAUCUAUGUCCGAACAAAUCGAUCAGUCAAGUAAAUCCCGAAUGGAUCAAUUCGUUAAAGAGUAGAUUAACUCGUGAUUCAUUUGUGAAAAUAAUUUCUGCCCAAUUCUACUUGUGACAGUGUGCCAAUGGACUUAAUACAAUGCUAAACAUCUAUCCCCUAUGCUUAUCCUAUGAAAAUACUGGUUUAUCAUGUUGCAAAGAAACUAAAUUCACAUGACCCUGCUUGGUUUGUAUUCUGUAAACAAAACGCUGGUAUUUUAAUAUCAUAUCACACGAAAAAAGCUUUUCAGGGAAUGUGACCAGAGGGUAAAUAAAUCCAUGUUUAGAAAACAUUGCUUCAGUAGGCGAAUGAGGUUACAUAACACUGAUUAGCAUCUCCUUGAGAACUGGCUAAUGUGCUCCGAUAAAUCUCUAUGCCAGUUUAAUGGGUGAGAAAUUCCCACCUGUCUCCAUGUAUACAGAAUUUACUAGCCCCAAAUCUAUAAAGAGUAAUCUGGUUAUUGCCUUAAUGUAAAUCAUUGUUUGAUUUCCUGUGUCUACAGCUGCGGUUAUUAAACCAGAUGCAGGGAUUAAUAUAAUACAGGAAAUGAACAGAAACGAGGCAGUAGUUGUAGUAGAUACUUCUGUCAUCAUUGAUCGUCACAAUAUAUUCCAAAUGUAGAAAUCAGCAGACUUGUAUACGGUGAGAAAUCUCGGUUCUGCCAAAUUAUUCUUUCCAAAGAUUAAAAAUAUUUCAGGACAGCGUGAUCCGGAAGGAUUUCAAAAUAUAUGAGUCAUAUAAUAUUAUGUAUAUAUUUUGCAGUACACUAUUUGGUUCAUAGGGAAAUAUUUAUAUAUUUAUAAGUCAACAUUUAGUGAACGACUCCUUUAACAUCAAUAAUCUUUUUUUCACACUGACUUUAAAAUAUUAACCCCCAACUGCCACACCUCACCCGAAUAGCUCCAGCAUUUCGUUUUUGGUUACUCCGCAAUUCCGAUAUAUUUCCGCUUGAAAUUUGCGAAUUCUGCAGAACACCCGUUUGACCCGAGUUUAGCAAUCAGAAGCAUUAUUAUUGGCCCCUGCAUACUAAGACGGUAGUGGUCAGUCAGAAAUAGAACAGAAAUUACAAGGAAAUGGAACCUUUAGGUCAAAUUAGCCAAAUGUUAAAAAUAAUUAUCUAAAUCAUAAAAAUAUAUUAAAUAUAAUGUAGAUAGAAGGAUGGAAUACAAAGGGUUGAAUUGAGCUGAUAAUUGCCUUUCAAAUGUAUGUCUGAUUGGGGAAGAAAAAUAAGUUAGAGAUUUGACAGUUUUUUUGUUUUGUUUCCAACCGAGCUCCUAAAUAGCUGUUUAGUGAAUGUACCCUUUUAUUUUAUAUAUUUAUUACUCAUCUUUGCCUUAAUGUCCUAAGAUAUCCUCAGCUCCAGUUCACGAGCAACUUGUCGGAACAGAACAAGCUUCGUCAGAACGCAAUGUAGCGCUUAAUGCCCUGUCUGUUUCAUCUUCCUAGAUAUGUUUCAGCGAGCCGACAAAACUCAUGUCAGUUUGUCGUCUGUUUUCAUGACACUCAGAACAAUUCACUGUGAUUAAUUUAUAAGGGCAAUAUAUUGAAGUGACUCACUCGUACAGAGACAAUAUUAAUACAUAAUCUGUGUACAUUUUGUCUUUAUUGAUACACGUCAGCUAGUCGCUAGUAGAAUAUUCCUCAGAUUGGAGAUCUACUUGUUGACAACCUAUUUUGUGUAAUAAAGACAAAAAAAAAACACACAGGGGAUUUAUUCACCAAACUCGGAAUUGUAGCAAAUUGAAAACCAAAUUGUAAAAUUAUGGCAACAUUCCAACUCCACUAUAGACAUUAAUUAGCUAUUAUAGAAUAAAUUUUGCAAUUCAUUUUUCCAUAUAUGACAAUUCAGUGUUUAGUAAAUAGAGCCCCUAUUAUAAUUCUCUAUUGUCAUUGUGUUUCUUUCAAUCUGUUCAGCCAUCACUGGGGCUAGAAUUCCUUUAUAUACAGGAAAAUAAAAAGCAAAAUCUACCUUUGGGUUCUUUGUGGCGCUCUCUAAAGGUAAGUUGUUUGGGAAGGUGGGAUGAGUGUUGGGAUUCUUCACAACACCCAACAGAGUAAAGAAGGGACUCGAGUGCUUUCUGCAGGUAAAGACAUAGAUUUACAUAUAGAAUUAUUAUCUGGUCACCAAAGAGUCAUUUUAGGGGCCGACCUCCCAUUUGCCAAACUUACACUAAAGCAGCUAUGCUAAAAAUAGUCUUUAUUUUCACGUUAUUUGCUUCGUAUUUUACUACAACCCAAUUUUGCACCAAAUUGCAGUGAACUGGGAUCCAAAUUGCAAAAUAUAUCCGAUUUGGAAAUAUUCUUCAAAUCUGUUAUAGUUUCCUCUUUGAUGUUUUACUCUGAAUUUUGUAAUCCGGUUUUCAAUGUAUUAUAGUUCACUGUUUAGUAGAUAAACCCCCAAAUUGUGUCAUCAUUUUUGGCUGAAUUAAUUAAAUCAGACAUUUUGAAGAAUUGACAAGGAAAUGUAAGAUUCCAUGACAAAGUAUCAGAGCUGGAAAAAUAUGAUGAUUUUUUUCACAGUUUGCCUAUUUUAUCCUAAAAUUUGCAAUUCCUGGUCAGUUUUCCACAAAUCUCAGCGUUGUAAAAAAAAAAACAAACGCAUUAAAUCAGGUCUAGUUUAUCACAAAAUUCAUUCCUACCUUGGCUGAAUUUGAUAUAUGAUAUAAUCCCAUACUGGCAUGUAUCAAUGAUCUCAUUCAGUCUCUUCUCUAUACUCUAGAUCUGAACGUAAGAUUGUAAGUAGGCUUUUACAAAUAAAAUGUGCUAUGUGUUUUCCAACGCACCUCCAUGCUCUGUAAAUAUCAGCGACCUUUUCUCUUCUUAAUAUUAUUCAACCUUCGAAAACCCAGUGAAGCUGCAUAGAGAGGCAAGCGGGCCUCUCUUAAUUUAUACAGUGUAAAUCCUCGGGAUCACUGUGUCUUCCGAGCAUAUAGAACAACCCCCAUAAUCCAUUUACCAAAUGAAUAAGAGAGAUUAAUAGCGUACCAGGUGAUAAAAUGAAUGCUCGGGUGCCUUAGAUUUAGUCCGGACCUCAGUCGGCAGAUAUUUAGUAUAUUGUGUAUUGACCGGCCAUAAUAACUGUGCUCCAACAAUUACCAAUUUACUUAACAUAUUCUACAGGAUUUGUUUUGUUUUUUUGUUUUACGUAUAAGAUUACCCAGCUUUCCAUUAUUCUACCAUGGGAUAAAACAUUAUGGAAUCUCAGAUCAAGGUCUAAACAUAUUUUGGUGGUAGGGGACAAUCAGUCUUUGAAGCGUCUGGAUUCGUCAUGGUCAAUGAGUGGACAAAGAUGGGGCUUGGGAUGAUUUAACUGUCUCCAUAUUGGUACCAGUGUCAACGAAUGGUAGGUGUAGCAAGGCACGUUGCGUAGGAUCAAUAUUUACUAAAAGGACCUUCAAGGUUGUAUGUUCCACAAAAAUACUUUAAAAAACGGUAUUCCUAACACCAGAGUACCUGUCCCUAAUGUAAUAGGUAGCUCCUCACCUCAGCAUGAAAGGGAUAAAACCCCAUUGUUGAACUUUUAAAUGCCAAGUCUCCCUCUGUGAUAGCUAGGUCAGAGCAACGGGGGGGAGAGGGGAUUUAAUGUGCAUGCGCGUCAAAAGACACUCGUGUAUUAUAUCUUCCAGAGGAAAGCUUUAAAUGACGUCCAAUGACAUUUCACGGAGUAGAACUCCUUUAGGCACCAGAGUAGAACUCCAUUAGGUACCAGGAAGUGCAUCUAGUAGCUGAGUGAAAUUGAGUUUAGAAAGGUAAGGGAGGCUUCUGUCAGAAGUUGUUUAAAUUAUAUACCAUAUUAUAUACCAUAGAUUAAGUGUCACCUUAAAUAUUUGCUUGCAAAUAGAGAACCUUUAUUAAUGAAAUGGGGAGAUAGAAUUAGCUGGAUAUGGGUAACAGGAUAACUUGUUUGGUAUUACUGUUUUACACAUAACUAGGUGUCUACAUCAAACCGAGAUUUAUUUAUUUAUAGAGUUAAAGGAAAGGUGAUGUGGUAUAGUUAGCUGUUAAUUAAAGCUAAAUUGAAGUGAAUUUAAUUUUAAGGAAAGACAGAGGGGAAGAUGUAGAUAAAAAUUUGCAAAGAAUGUAAGAUGGAAAGUAUAUUAAUUUCAGGAAAUUACUACGAUCGCCCAAAUAUUAGUACUGAAGGUUUUUAUCAUAUAAAGUCAUACAUUGGUUUAUGUUUUUACCUGUUGGAGACAUUGAUUGGGCUAUAAUAACGUGCAUGUUAACUGAAUGAAACCCGGUUUAACCCCUUAAGGACCAAACUUCUGGAAUAAAAGGGAAUCAUGACAUGUCACACAUGUCAUGUGUCCUUAAGGGGUUAAACUCUCUCCAGAGAACAAGUUUGAAGUAGUGGCACUCUGUGCACGUAAACAUUGUAACUGCGCCAUGAUUGAUACGUGGUUUUCAUUAUCCUAAGACUACGUUCCUGGGUGCAUUAAUGUAUUUCUGGUUUUGACUCUUAACAUAUGUGGUGGUCUUGCUGUCACGGCUAUUCAGUAAACUGGGAUUUGACACAGAAAUUGUAACAUUAAAGCCAGUGGUCUUAAUCUGUUUUUGCAGAGACUCAAAUCAUGCACUGGGCCGUGACUAGGUGACUCAUACUUCCCUGUAAAAUAAGCUCAGUGACCUUUUUUCAGUGACAACACAAACACUUUCUCUCGGUUUCAGAUGGGUCCAUAUUCCAAUGGGGAGAGCAGUGCUGCUACGCCAGCCUUUUUUGGGGGCAUUUUACUGGGGCCUGAGAGGUAGAUGAUAAAAUACACGUUUCAAUAAGCGAGGACACUAAAAUUAUACGAAGACUUGUGUUAUUUUGGGGUUAAUAAGCACUGGAUUAGGUCAAAUUAGCUGAGUUGUAAAGUAGUGGAUUUAGAGAAUUUUCACAAUUUUUCUAAUGCAGUUCUGCUGUCAGUUCUAGAUUAGUCUCUGUUUAGUGAAUAGCCCUGUUUGUGUAUUGUUUUGGACGCAGUUUAUUUCCCAGAGAUUAAUUCAUUUUGUCAGCAAUGUGUGAUCUGGACGUGCAGGGUCCACGCAGGGAACAUUGAGGAUUUGUUUCCGCAUCACAGGUUCAGUGAAAUUUGGAGUUUUUACAAUCAAAGUAAAAGGAUGUGGGCUGCAGGCGGCAGUGCCAGCCAGUACCAGGAAUGUGGAGAGAUGGUAUUCGGUGGCAGAGAGGAUGCAGAUCUAUCUGCAGGUUUACAGAGCUGUACAAGCACCUAGCUAGAUGAUUUGCAAUGCUCUCCGUGUCUGCAGGAAAAUGAUACCUUGAGUGACGCUUAAUCUUGUUUUCCUGACACCAUUCUCUUUGAUGCACACAGUUGUAAUAUUCUAAAAUAUGCUAAUGGCCAAUCAAAAUACAGACUGCAGCGAGCAAGCAGCCGCACUAGACUUUCUGUCCGACUCUGAGUUUGUGUUCGUACUGACAUGACAUUCACUUGGCUGGGAAUUUACUGUCAUUUCUCAUUUACAGACAUUUAAGGACACAUUGCAGUGAGUUGCUUUACUGCGGAGCUCUGUGAUAUACCUGUACUUACCACACAUAGCUGGGUUUAUUGUUGUGGUGCUCUGUGAUACCUUCAUAUACCAUGCACAUUACUGUGAGUUUUAUGGCUGUGGAGCUCUGUGAUACUGUCAUACAGGGCUGCCAUCAGAAAUUUUAGGGCCCCUGACACAGCUCAAGAUCUGGGCCCCCGGGGGCCAGCCCAGAGUCUGCCCACAAGGAUGAAGUGUGUGUGUGUAUAAUGGAUGUAGAAUGUGUGUCAUAGACGCAGUGUGUACAGUGGAUGUAGAAUGUACGUUUUGUGUAAUGUAUGUAAUCUUUGUAUGCAUGCAUUAGAUGCAGAGUGUGUGUGUAGUGAAUGUAGGUGUGUAUAGUGAAUGCAGAGUGUGUGUUUGUGUAGUGGAUGUAGUGUGUAUAAUGAAUGUAAUGUGGUUUGCAGCGAGUGCAAAGUAUGUAUAGUUAUUGUAGUGAGUGCAAAGUGUGUAUAGUGCAUGUAGUGUGAUUGUAGUGAAUGCAAAAUGUGUAUAGUGAAUGUAGUGUGAUUGUAGUGAAUGCAAAAUGUGUAUAGGGAAUGUAGUGUGAUUGUGGUGAAUGCAGCAUGUGUGUAUAGUGAAUGCAGUGUGUUUGCAGUGAGUGCAAAGUGUGUUUAGUAAAUGUAGUGUGUUUGUAGUGAGUGCAACGUGUGUUUAGUAAAUGUAGUGUGUUUGUAGUGAGUGCAGAGUGUAUUUAGUGAAUGUAGCAUGUGUGUAGUGCAGUGUGUGUUUAGUGACUGUAGUGUGUGUGUGUGUAAUGAAGAGUGUGUUUAGUAAAUGUAGUGUGUUUGUAGUGAGUGUAGAGUGUAUUUAGUGAAUGCAGUGUUUGUAGUGAGUGCAAAGUGUGUUUAGUAAAUGUAGUGUGUUUGUAAUGAGUGCAACGUGUGUAUAGUGCAUGUAGUGUGAUUGUAGUGAAUGCAAGAUGUGUAUAGUGAAUGUAGUGUGAUUGUGGUGAAUGCAGCAUGUGUGUAUAGUGAAUGUAGUGUGUGUGUGUGUGUGUGUGUGUGUGUGUGUGUAGUGCAGUGUGUGUUUAGUGAAUGUAGUAUGUGUGUAGUGCAGAGUGUAUUUAGUGAAUGUAGUGUGAGUGUGUGUAGUGCAGAGUGUGUUUAGUGAAUAUAGUGUGUGUGUGUAGUGCAAAGGGUGUUUAGUGUGUAGUGUGUGUGUGUGCAGAGUGUGUUUAGUGAAUGUAGUGUUUGUGUGUGCAGAUGUGUAUAGUGAAUGUAGUGUGUGUAGUGCAGCAGUGUGUAUAGUGAAUGUAGUGUGUGUGUGUGUGUGUGUGUGUAGUGCAGUGUGUGUUUAGUGAAUGUAGUAUGUGUGUAGUGCAGAGUGUAUUUAGUGAAUGUAGUGUGAGUGUGUGUAGUGCAGAGUGUGUUUAGUGAAUAUAGUGUGUGUGUGUAGUGCAAAGGGUGUUUAGUGAAUGUAGUGUGUGUGUGUAUUGCAGAGUGUAUUUAGUGAAUGUAAUGUGUGCAGAGUGUAUUUAGUGAAUGUAGUGUGUGUAGUGCAGAGUGUGUUUAGUGAAUAUAGUGUGUGUGUGUGUGUGUGUGUAGUGCAGAGUGUGUUUAGUAAAUGUAGUGUUUGUAGUGAGUGCAGAGUGUAUUUAGUGAAUGUAGUGUGUGUGUGUAGUGCAGUGUGUGUUUAGUGAAUAUAGUGUGUGUGUGUAGUGCAGAGUGUAUUUAGUGAAUGUAAUGUGUGUGUUUGUAUUGCAGAGUGUAUUUAGUGAAUGUAGUGUGUGUGUGUGUGUGUGUGUGUGUAGUGAAGAGGGUUUGCUUGUAAGGAUGCAGUGUGUGUAAAAUAGGGGGUAAGGGGAGUAAUUUUUUAAAAUGUAUUUGUGUAUAUUUAAAUUUUAUUCCCCCCUCCUUGCUUCUUACCGUGCCAGGGAAGGGGGAGAGCGCCUUGUGGAGGGAGCCAGACGUGGUACAUUGCAGAGGGGGGUCGGGCAGCAGCACUGUCUUCCUUUCCAGCUCCUCUCUGACUAACUCUCGCGAGACUGGCCCUCGUGCUGUGUGGGGUGUUGCCAUGGUAACCCGUGGCAACACUCUGUCGGCCACAAGAAAGUUAGACAGAGAGCAGCUGGAAAGGAAGUCAGUGUGCUGCUGGGGCCCCCUCUGCAGAGUGUGCUGCUGGCCCCCCCUCGCUAUAUAUAUGUGCAUAUAAGGAAUGUGGGGCUCGGACUGGCAGAGUAGCCCGGGCCCCCCAAGACUGCCGGGCCCAUGACAACUGUUAUGGUUGUCAUGUCCUGAUGGCGGCCCUGCUGUCAUAUACUAUGCAUAUUACAGUAAUUUGUAAUUUGUAAUUUGCACAUGACAGGUGCAUUGUCGCCAUAUGGGCUGGAGGAGCUGACCAUCACCUUUUUCCCAACCCACACCAAUGAAACACAGGGUAUGGGUCAAUAUGUCCACAGCUUUUAUUCAUAAUAUAUAAUAAUAAUAAUAACGAUAAUAUUUAAAUAACAUAAAAGUAAUUGCCCACCCCCACAUUCUCAGCCAUCCAUCAUUAUCAUUUUCCACAUAUCCAUAUCGCAAGGCAAUGACCCAUCAUAUAUAACAUAACAUUGUAUAACAAUCAAUAAGUAUAACAAAACAAGAUCCAACAUUUUCCACCCGAUCCUGGCAGGGGUAUACCUUGAUACCCCUACACCACCUGGGUUCUGAGCUACCACCGAGUUCAAAACCACCAACAUCUUACCAACAGGUAACCAGUCCAUAUUGAAACAGCCAACUCACUACUCUUGCUCUACGCUUCCUUAAGCAGGCCCGUUACCCCCUUAACUUUCCUUCCACUAGCCCGCCGCUGUGACCAAGCGGGUAGAAUAAAAGGGAGGGAGGGAGGGACCAAUUCAGCCAGGUAAGUCAAUUAGUAAUGAGGUGUUAUAAAAUGGCCGACAUUUAUAUCAGCCUACCCAGAAUCCUGAUCCGUCAAUCACCAACCCCUGCUCCACCUAAGCCCACCUCCAAGCCCUGUCAAGGCCCCCUCUGCUAAGCUGUGCUUUCUUCUUGGGGCUACACUGUAUAUUACUGUGAGUUUUAUAUCUGCGGAGCUCUGUGACACACUGCACACUGUAUAUUACCGUGAGUUUUAUAUCUGCGGAGCUCUGUGACACACUGCACACUGUAUAUUACCGUGAGUUUUAUAUCUGCGGAGCUCUGUGACACACUGCACACUGUAUAUUACUGUGAGUUUUACAUCUGCGGAGCUCUGUGACACACUGCACACUGUAUAUUACUGUGAGUUUUAUAUCUGCGGAGCUCUGUGACACACUGCACACUGUAUAUUACCGUGUGUUUUAUAUCUGCGGAGCUCUGUGACACACUGCACACUGUAUAUUACCGUGAGUUUUAUAUCUGCGGAGCUCUGUGACACACUGCACACUGUAUAUUACUGUGAGUUUUAUAUCUGCGCAGCUCUGUGACACACUGCAAAUUACUGUGAGUGUUAUAUAUGCGGAGCUCUGUGAUACAUUGCACACUGUAUAUUACUGUGAGUUUUAUAUCUGCGGAGCUCUGUGACACACUGCACACUGUAUAUUACUGUGAGUUUUAUAUCUGCGGAGCUCUGUGACACACAGCAUAUUACUGUGAGUGUUAUAUAUGCGGAGCUCUGUGACACACUGCACACUGUAUAUUACUGUGAGUUUUAUAUCUGCGGAGCUCUGUGACACACUGCACACUGUAUCUUACUGUGAGUUUGUAUCCCCAGUUAAUAAACCUGAAUUCAAACAGGGUUUUCCAUUUUAAUAUUGUUAUAACAAGAAGAAAUAGAGUUCAGUAUAAAGUGUGACUGAGAGUGAUGGGAGUUUCAUUUGAAGGUAGUUACUUUCCCAGAUCAAAUCUUAAAGAUGUGCAAGAUUCAUACAGAUUAUUCUCCUGUAGUAUUUUGACAGCCGGGUUCAUGAGUAAUACUGCCACGGUCACUCCCUCCCACCCUCAGUCAUGUUUGAUCACAAGCAAUAACCCUAGGUAAAGACCUUGUGCUGGUGACGUUUAAAGGGACACUGUAGGCACCCAGAUCACUUCAGCUCAUUGAUGUGAUCUGGGUGUAGAGUCCCAGUCCCCAUUAGUUCUGCAAUGUAAAUCAUUGCAGUUUUAGAGACUGCUUUCCUACGGUGAUUUUAAGGAUGCUGAAUGUCCGCAGAGUCACCCAAAAGUCACCUAGCAAGCAGGAAGAGAGGGGAUCAGCGAGGGAGGUGGAGCCAGUGCGAACUAUACAUUAAGGAAUAUAGAAUUGUAUUCCUUACACGAUAGAAUCCCUUUAAAGUUGGUUGCUAGGGUAAGAAAACACCUGGGGCUUGAGCACAAAAAUAAUUUGAUUACCCCUGCCUAAAGCCUCAACCCCGGUUCCUCCCCAAACCUCAUCCCCAGCUAUUCCCCAAUUUGGCGCGCACACACACUUACAUACAGAUAUACAGACAGACACACACACACACACACACAGACCAUUUAAAGAGGUCUGACGCCAUUCCUGCUUUCACCAAAUGAUAGCUCUAUAAUACAGGACAACAUGUAGGCCUGUGUUUCAAGGUGUACAGGAUGUAGCAGCCCAAUGUAAAACCAAUAGGUGAUGUCAGAAAUCUCAUUGCCGCAGACUAAGUUUGUCUGAGGGUCUAUCCAGAAUAUGGGGCAUUUUUUCAUGAAUGCCCCCAAGCCUUGCCAUGGUUAGUUGCUCAGCCUCUGAUUAGCCAUCUGAAAGGGGGAGGAGGAUGGUAGUUGCAGACAUAGCAUCCCGUUACUCGCUGCACACAAUCCAAUGGGAUUUAAAUUCAAUUGCCAGGUAUAAUUGUCCGUGUGUUACCAGCUUGAUUCAGAGACAGACAGCAAGAUGGAGCUCCAUCAUUUAUUUUCAAUCAGGUAAAUUGCAGCGAAAAUACAUUGUAGGGAACCCACACGCCUUGUGAAAAGGAAAACUAUGCUUUGUUUUAUUUAAAUUUGCAUUUGUUUCUUUAUUUCUUGCGUAUCUCUGAUUUUAGUUGUUUGGUCUCAUCUAUGAUCAGCUUCAUACAGGGAGUAAAACGCCAGCAGACGUUACAAAGAAGACAUUAAUAAAAUGUGAUAUUCCUGUUUAACACUCUCUGCAGUCCACAGAACCCACUGAGAACAAGAGAAAUUUAAUCAGAACCAGAGCUUUGAAAAUACCAUAGGCUGGUGUAGCGAAUAGACUGAGAAAUACAAAGCUUACAACCUUCUUUGGAAAAUUCUGUUCAUUUAUUACCAUCAAUGCAGCCUACAUCGAUGGCAAUGUAAUACAUUUUGCCUCUGGUGCAAAAAUGACUGUACUGACUAUUAUUACUUUUCAAAGUGAGCAUUUUGAAGGAGAAAUUCCCUUAUUAUUUUAUUACCAGUAAUACCUUCACGGUGAGAGUUACUGGACCCAUUAUGUCAUGACAGCUCUGACUUGUCAUCUGUCACAAAGGAAUGACAAGAGUGGCCGAGACACGUGUUGACCAUAGAGCUUAGUUUAGCUCUCAAUAAUGUGAGUGCAGUCUUUUGAGAUUUAUAUAUAUAAUCUCUCAGUAUGACUAUAUUGUGCCUCUUUACAAAUUCAAAACAAAUAAUGAUUCACUCUUAAACCCGGGCUGUACACCUCCCAAUGUCACUCACUCCACACCCUAAAAUCAAUUUCCUUUAUAGUAUGAACAGUACCUUUUGUUAAACCCACAGCUUUGCCAACAUUUGAGAUUCUACCCAGAACAACUUUAUCUUCUCACUUCCCUUUUUCUCUCAGACCUCCCAUUCUUCCUUUCCUUCAUUUUCAAGGUCCUCUAAUUCUACCCAGAACAACCUUUCCCUUUUCCGCACAGAUUCCCACUGGCCCAUCCCCCUAUUUUCCUCCUUGACCCCAACUCUCUCACUCUGUCCAUAGUUUCUUAUAUUUCUUUUCUAUAUACCUCUCUUUGGCAUUUCCUCAGAAAAUCCAUUUUCCCUGUAUGCAUCCCUCUUUCUCCAAUAUAGCCUUCAUUUUCUGCUCAUUUCAUUUACUUAAAUUUGUUUUCCCAGCUCCAUGGUCAAGGAGCACUGCUAUGGGCCCCUGUACAUGCUGUCCUUAUGCUCGGCAUUAAAGAUGGAUCUGAAUAUUUUUGGGUAUAGUUUUCAUAAUUCUAUAUUUCGUUUAAAUGCCUAAUAUUCACAAAGAGAGUGGAAGCGCAUAUUACAGAUCACUGUAAGUUUGGGAACGAACGAGCUUUAUUUUAAUGUCAGUGUUAGUGCAAAUAUGUACUCUACCAAUUACAAGAUAAUUACAAGGUAAUUAAAGGACCACUAUAGUGCCAGGAAAACAUACUCGUUUUGGCUCUGGAAGGGGGAAAGGGGUAAAAACUUACCUUUUUCCAGCACUGGGCGGAGAGCUCUCCUCCUCCGAUCCUCCUCCGUAACUCCCAUUCGGCUGAAUGCGCACGCGCGGCAAGAGCUGCGCGCGCAUUCAGCCGGUCACAUAGGAAAGCAUUCAUAAUGCUUUCCUAUGGACACUGGCGUGCUCUCACUGUGAAAAUCACAAUGAGAAGCACGCAAGCGCCUCUAGUGGCUGUCAAUGAGACAGCCACUAGAGGAAAUAGGGGAAGGCUUAACCCAUUCAUAAACAUAGCAGUUUCUCUGAAACUGCUAUGUUUAUGAAAAAAUGGGUUAACCCUAGCUGGACCUGGCACCCAGACCACUUUAUUAAGCUGAAGUGGUCUGGGUGCCUAAAGUGGUCCUUUAAAAUAGAAAACUGGAACUGUUCCAGUAGAUGUGAUGUUUGUUAGACAUGUGCAAUUCGUUUCGGUCCGAAUUAAAAUUCUGCAGUAUUUCAGGUAAUUCGGACAUUCUGGUGCUUCCGAAUAUCCGAAGUGCCGAAUUGCCAAAGUCCAAAAGUUAAAUUACCGAAUUUCCGAAGUGUAGUAGUGCCGAAGUGCCGAAUUGCUGAAGUGCCGAAGUUCCGAGGUGUCAAAGUGCCAAAGUUCCACAGUAUUGCCUAAGUACUAAUAUACUUACCCAGUGAAAGAAGAAGAAUGUUACACUGUAUACAAUUUCAAAUAAAAAGUAUACAAACAUAGACAGGAUUCAGCUGUAAGCAUUUGCAACACUUACAACAAUCAAGUAACAUACAUUCAUAUAAAAUGUAAGUUACUUAGCCAGUCAUGUAAUGACAAGAAUGAAUAAGUAGAUAACUCCCUAAUUCCCACGGUAUUAGGGAGCUAUCUACUAAAAGGCUGAAAGACCUAAAUUGGUCUUUCAGACAAAUUUACUAAUACUAGAGUGUUAUGCGUGAAAUUACACAGCGUGGGAAAAUUCCAAAGAACUUUCCCACACUGUGUAAAUUGACACAGAGCACUCUGAUUGGUGGAUUUCAAACCAACCAAUCAGAGUGCUGUGACAGGUAAAUGUAGAGACUUACCUGUCAGUCUCUUCAUUUACCUGUCAGAGCACUCUGAUUGGAUGGCUUAAACCCACCAAUCAAAGUGCUCUGAGCCUAAUUGCAGGGCGGGGCAAGGCUUUAUAAGCCUUGCCACGCCCUGCAGAGCUCAGUCUGCGCGGAGCCCUCCAUGGGUGAAGAUGGAUUAUUUUUAUUUUAUUUUUUAAUUGCGUCGGUUAUUAUGGAUUUUUAUUUGGCCUUUUUGGGGGCUGAAAAAAGAAGAUUUUAGAAGAAAGAAAACAUCAAAUGGUAAGUUUAUGUUUAUUUUUACAGGUACUUAGUAAAAGGUCCCCCCUCAUUAUUUUUAGGGUGAGGGGGUAGGUAGGGGUUUAUUUUUUGGGGAGGGGUGACUAGGGGUUUGGGGGAGGGGGUGACUAGGUCCCCCCCCAAUUUGUAUUUAGGGCCCCCACCCACCGCUCAGGGGUGGGGGCCAGGGGGGAGGACAUUAGGUCCCCCCCAAUUUGUAUUUAGGACCCCCACCCCUCGCUGUGGGGACCCUUUUAUACUUUAGGGCCCCCACAGGCUGCUCACUGUUGACUAGACAUGCCCCUACUCACGGUAUAGCGAGUAGGGGCACAAUUUACUAAUACUAAGUCAUUUUUAGGUCUUUCAGCCUUUUGGUAGAUAACUCCCUAAUACCGUGGGAAUUAGGGAGUUAUCUACCAAGUGGCUGCAAGAAAAGUCCUGAAAUGCCAGAGUUCCGAAGUUGCAGAAGUUGCCGAAGUUGCCGAAGUUCCGAAGCUGCAGAAGUUGCCGAAGUGCUGAAGUUCCGAAGUGUCUAAGAUCCGAAGUGGUGAAGUUGCAGAAGUUCCGAAGUGUUCAAGUGCCGAAUUGCCGGAGUCCCGAAUUACCGAAGUCCUGAAUUUUGGAAUGCCGAACCAAGCCGAAUAUUUUCCCCAUGCACAUGCCUAAUGUUUGUCCCAAUGCUGUGAAGAUGAAAGGGACCCUUACCCAAACUCUAGUCCUAGCCCUCAAUUAAGCCCUGACCUAAACAGUAAGCCAAGUCCUAGCGCUAAUCAUAUGCCUGGCCCAGAAAUACAAAGAUUAUGUGACUCGGGUGUCUGCCUAUGACAACUCAUGCCCUAAAUUUUAUGCUAUAAUUAAAGCAUGAUAUCAGAGGUAACAAGAAUAAUGAAAUAUGCAUUAAAUAACCCAGAUCGUGGGAAAUUUGCAGGUUGUGUUUUGUGUUUGUGAGUGUUGUACAUGUGUGUGAGUGCAUGUGUAUGUACCUGCUUGUUCCUUUGUGUGAGUGCAUGUAUAAAGCAUGUGCUUGCAUAGAUAUGUCGUGUGCCAUGGUUUAGGCACUUUAAUUCCAAAACAAUUCUAUCUGACACCGAGAAUGUUGCAGUCUUAGCUUUUCUGAAUGUUGUGUCGGAUGCGCUGGAAUGCAGCCAGAUCGGGCUUAUUUAGACAGAGGAGAAAAAAAGUUGUAAAUACUUACAUCCAAUUAUAUCUGUAAAUCGUAGAGCGUUUACUACUAACAUAUCUAUCUAAUUAUCUCCGUAAUGAUAAAUCUCACCCAAGGUUUUAUUACAUCUGUCAUGUUGUGUUAUAAAAUGGCAUCAAAUAAGGUUUAUUUUGAAACUAUCAGCGAUUCCUGAGAGAAAUAAAAAAAUGAAUCUUCCUCUUGUCUGCGUCAUAUAAAGACAUGAAAAAUCUAUCACAGUUAUUCACCAAAGUGAGAAUUCAAAGUGAGAUUCAGGUUUAUGGUCAAAAUGUCAGACUGCAAUAUCCUGCUCCGUUUUUAGUUUGGCAAUUUUGACUUUAAAUUUUUCAUUCACUUUGAAUUCUGACUUAACUAAAAAACGUGAAAGCUUGUCAUUAACGUCUUCACUCGAACGUGAUGAUUUAUUGUUUAUCUCUAGACUGGAUCGCUGGCCCUACAACGUAAUAUUUAUGAUGUUUUGUUUUAAGUUUCAGGAGUAGUUUAAAGCUCUUUACACCUGUGCUCUGUAAGUUCGUCCAUUGGAUCAUUGGAGUUUGACAUCUUUAUCUAAAGGUUGGAUGCUUUUAAUAUGAUCGCUUGUUCUUUCAGAAUGAAUAGUCGGCACCUGACUUGCGUCCGUGGCACAUAACACAAUAUAGAUCACAACACAUUGGUUGUAUGUCAUUGGCAACGAUUAUUCCUGGACAACUGAAAACGUUCCAAGCCAUUGACUGCCCAACUUUCAGGACGAAAGGAAAUGAAUCACAGCAGGAGGCAGGCCAAAUGCUGAAUCCAAACAUGCUCUGCAGUGGGAACAGACUUGCAGAACUGAAAAUGCUUAAUCGAGAAAAACUGGCUUUUACGAUGGCAUUUAAAAGUCUGGCUGUGUGAUUUUCAUAGACACGCAAGAACCAAAUUCUAAUUCAAAAAGAAAAUAAAUGAUAAAAGAAAAGAAGGUUAUUUUGUUGCUGCUUAAAGUGGGGUACAUACAUUAUAUAGGUACUUAUGGCAGUGCACCACCAGUUCCCUCCCCCCCCCCAAAAAAUGAUAUUGACAAUGGUAAGGAGUUUUAUAUAUUUCUAUGGAAGAUACUUGAACAUGCGAGGAUAGAAAAAGAAAAUAGAAUUUACACUUCGAAACAUUGUUAUACUCCCUGGCUGUCAAUCAGACAAUGGGUCCUGUUACUUCCUAGUUAUUUCAGCUAAGUGGAACCAAACUGAAGAGGCAGCAAAUGAAUAUAUAUAUCAUGCUAAUCGAGAAUCCCCAGCAGCUCAUCCCCUCUAUGUUGAGGAAACAUUAGCCUGAGCAGAAUUGGGCAGUUGUGAUUGGCUGAACGGACUACACUCAGCCUAUCACAGCACCCAUUGCUAGUAUGAAUCAGAAUCGCUAUAUAUCGAAGUGAAUAAUCUCUGCUGUAGCCACAGGUGGGAAGCCAGGGAUCCUCAUUCAGUGUUAAACUGCUCAAAAAUGGUUUAUCGCAAAAUCAAGGCAUAGCGUCAGGGGACUCCAGACACUAUAACCACUUUAAUGAGAUUAAAUGGUUAUAGUGCCUACUCUGUCCCUUUAAAAGUAUUAGGCUAUCCAUAUGAAAAAAAAAAUGCUCAAAAUUUUGUUUUUACACGUAAAGACAUCCAUAAUAAUCAUUAGCAGUGAAACAGAGAAUCAAAGAGAAGGCACCGUCCGUGGAUAGUUUACCAGUGGGGAGGGGUAAAUGUCAUAGAUGUAGAGGCCAUUUUAUACCAUGGAACGGAUAAAGGAGAGUUUUAUGCAUAUACCAUGGGGUUAAUUCUGAAAUAAAUGACAUUUUUGUUGGAACAUUUGUCAAGAGUUAUUAUGUAGAGGUUUAAACUUUUUUCCCAUUUCUCUAAUAGUAGCCUUAUUGGCUGUUUUAUCCCUGAUGAUGAGAAAUGUAAACCUGUCUGGCAUUUUCCUAUAUCCGUGAGAGUCUUAGAAUUCUAGAAGGUUUUCCUUUGCCUUUCAUUGUAUUACGGCACGGCCAGACGUGGCAUUACCAUUCUAGAACUGACCUGGAUCUUUAGUGUGCGAAUCAUUAGACAGGAGGCCGUGACAGCUUUUAUUGUUGCAAAUAGGUUAAAAAAUUACAUUGUCUAAAACAGUGGAAUAAAUGACGAUGUACCUCUCAGCCUGACACAGUAUAUUUUCUGGUUCAUUUACAUGCCUGCUGGCAAUGGCUGAGAGGUCGGCGAGUAAGCGGAACUAACAGUAUCUGUACUUAUUGUAUUACCCAGGCUGAUUGACUAUAAUAGAAAUCCUUAGUCUGAUACUAUGACAGUCCUCGUACUGUGCCAGAGCACUCACAUUGUACAUAAUCCAAGGGUACAGGAUCAAAUCUCAAAGCUAAUAUUGAUAUUUUAAUCAUUUUACUCGCCUGGCUGGCCGUCUCCUUACUGGUCAAGGUGUUGGAUUUGUCACCUGUGUCAUCUGUGAAAAAACACGAUUUGGCAAAUGUACUUAUUCUGCACAAUUGCUCGUUAUUUCCCAAAUACUGAGAUUUAUUUGCAGAUUCUUUCAGAAAUGUAUGUUUAUGGAAUGUCCUGACUCCAUUUAAGUGAUUGUAAUACAAGGCUGUGAGUCGCUGUUUUAUUACUUGUAUUUAUUUUUCUUUUCUGAUUUUGAGUUCUUUUUUCCUUAUUAUUAUGGGAGAGUUACGCAGUCCUGGCUUCCCUCCCUCCAUCAGAUAUUGGCGCUCCAUGAAAGCUUUUUGUAAUUAUGUUUGGAUGAAAUGAAGAAAUUAUGUAAAAAAUUAGAGCACAUUGAUGAGGCAAAAUUUGUGACAAACUAUCCAAACUGGGGAAAAAAUCAUGCAUUGCAGCUAUUUUUCCAACUCGGAUAAACUGACCUAAAAGUUACGCGUCCCUUGUCAGAUCUCCACAAUUGUUCAUUUUCUAAAUAAACCCUUUAUUUUUUUUACCAAUGUGUGUGUACUCUUGGUCCUAAUGAUUGUUUUGCAUUUUGUUGCACAAACUGGAAAUCGAUUCACUAGAAGCAAAAAAAAAAAAAAAUAUAGAAAAUAUGAGUGAUCCACUUAAAUAAUUUAUCAUUAAAGGGUUUCUCCAAGUGUUAUAACCAAUACAGCUCUCUGUAUGAUGCGAGGAUUACCCUGGCUAGUUCCCGGCAAUGGGGGAAACCUUUUAACAGUGGAUUGCCCACUGACCUGGGUCCCCACCCGGCUUCGAGGCCCCGUCCAUGUCUGGUGACACGCUUCCCAUUUCGGCAGAGCUGCAAAAGCUGUGAGCUGAUAAACUCGACAUUCACUGGCUAUGAGUGUCAGCUGACCUCUCAAUGGAUGGCGAACUGUGCGUAAAUAUUUGCACGCAAUUGACAUAAGCCAGUUCGGUAGCUAAAGAAACCACAAUGGCAAUGCCUGAAGUGGCUUUACACCUCUGACCGCAAAGGGUCAUAUGUGCUGCGUUUCAUACUGACUACUGCAAAUAGAGACUCCAGGCACCAUGACAACUUCAAAUCACUGAACUGGUCAUGGUGCUUGGAGCAGCCUAAUAAUGAACGCCUCUUCUUCUGUGUCUUAGAGAGGAUAAAGCCUGGGGAAGUACGUCCCGAUGAUCACCAGUACCUUGUUAUUACCUCUUAUUAGUACGGUGUAAUAGAAGUUUCUUGUUUUUAUUAUAGGCGUAUGUAUAUAUAGCGCCAACAUUGUCUGCAGCUUUGUACAAUGGUACAGUGGGAUAUAACAGCAUGUGACUGGGAGACAGAAAUAACGUUGGUUGGAUAUAAAGGUGAGGAACUCUCUGCCUAAAUGCACUUAUUAUCUAGUAAUUAAUUAAUGGUGUGUGAGAGGUCUGCUGUUAUUGUUCUAUUUUAGUAAAACCGUUUGGCAUUGCUCGUACAGUCGGUGGCGGUGCAUUUUGGAAUCCAUUCUCCGUCCCACUGCUCUGGUACGUGCAAGGAGUUUUUAAUCACAUGUUACAGACGUAAAGAUAUAAUGUAAGUACAAUGUGCACUUAUGACCAGCUGCAGAAUAUACAGAUAUUUAAUAUACUGAUACAAUGUCUGCCCAAACCUUUCUGAACCAGUCGGGGCGGCUCGGAAGGAGUUAGUAAACAAACAAACCGUUUCGUAUGGUUUAUUACUUUUAGCAUUGAUGGUGUCAGCAGUUACAAUGUAUUUAUUAGAAAACAUCAUCAACAAAAAAGAGCUGAUAAUGGGGUACAGCCUGCUGUAGGCCUUGGUCGCAAUGGAGCCUUGAUUCUCCUUUUGAAAAACACACAUUUUGUUGCCAUUGUUUGUUUGUGCUCAAAAACCCUCUAUAACUUGUUUGUCUUAAACUCAGCUCCUCAUUAUGGGUAACAAAAAUGUUUUUAAAAAUAUUGCGCAGUUACAAAAUGAGAUCAGUGAUGUGUGAGAUCAGUGGUUCUUCAGAGACACAAACUCAUUUCCUACAAAUGGCGUUAACGUCUUAUGAGGGAGAGACAUGAAAAUCCUGUAAUUAGACAUUUGUUCAUAAAUUAAGAUGUUAUAUCAGUAACAGAUGGACUAGUUCUGGUAACAGUGCCCCCCCCAGUGGUUAUCACACUGUGAGACUGACAGAUACUAUAACUAAAAUAAUCAAAUUCAAAAUUCAACGUAACUCGGUGCGAUAGCAAGUUGCCACAAAGUGUUUGUUUGUAGAUCAAUGAAAUCUAAUGGUUUGUUAAUUUCCUUCCUUCAGCAACAUUCUGACCUAUAAUGUAUCCGACAAUACCCCGAGAUGCCAGGAAUCCAAACGUUUGGAUAAAUAAUAACAUUUAUAAUUAUAGAAUGAUAAAAGAGGACAUUUUUAUUAACAAAAUUCCUUCAAAUCGUCAUCAAAAUGGGGCUGUAUGUUUUAUAUAUUUUAUGUUUUUCGGGUUGUUACUUUUUUCAAAAAGCUUUCUGGGCUGGCUGUAAUUAAAGUUAUUCCUAAGGUACAUAAAUUGUAUUUUACAUUAGGAUUCUUCUUCCUGAAAGCUCUAUAAGGCUUCACAAACAGCCAUGUGCAGCUUGUCUCCUUGCCAAAUUCAGCCAAUCACAUUACAGAGAAGGAUGGGUGUCUUGCUAUUGUAACCUGGAAGAGGUACCCCUAAAACCAUCAGUACAAAACAAAGAUAAAAUGGUUUCUACAUCUACUAAACAUCCUGCCAAGGUUGAAGGAAUAAGCGUUGUGUGCCCCGAUGCCUGCAAGCAGGUGAAAUGCGUCGUUACCAUGAAUUAUUAUUUGGAAAGUUUGCAAACUGUAGUUUAUAGACGUUUUAAGACAGAUUGGGACAAGGAGAAGCUGCACAAUGGCUGUUAACUAGAGGGCCCUUCUUUCUGAUCUACUAAUGGGAAGGAAAAUGUAGACAUCUGGGUGGAGGAUGGGGGGGGAGUAAUAUCACAAUUGUGCAGUUAAACUGUAUGUCAUUGUACAUGGAACUACAGGGGAGCUAUUCCCAGAUAACAGUUGGAGCUAUGCCCUAAUUACUGGGCCGUGUCGGCGUGCUUACUGUAUUCUGUUACAGCUAUAUCUGUGUGAUUUCCUGCUGUUACUGUCACACAUUAUACUGACAUUAAAACAGUUACAUGGUAAUAUUUUAUUAAAGUUAUUCCUGGAUUGCAGAUGUGAUAUACAAAAGCUUAUAUCGGAUACAAUGCUCAUGUCUGAUAUGUGAUACUGUCUCUUCUUGGCGUGAAGUCAUUAAUGUCUUGCAGGGUGAAAAUGCAAGGUGAAUUUCCAAUUUAAGGUUAAAAUAGCCAAACUGGAGGGGGGGGGGGUGAUCUCUGGAUUCUUCUAUUACUGGCAACUCCUGGCACCAACACAAGUUAAAUCCUACUAUUAAAUUUGAUAGAUGUUGGCCUCGUUAAUAUGCUGUAUUUUAAAAAAAAUUGCAUACUAAAAACUUUGUCAUUUUUGCACAAAAUAAAUCAAUAAAUGUUUUGCAGAAUGCUGCACUAUAAGCCAGCCCCUCAUGCCAGAAAGGCAUCCAUAUUAAAUGUAUGAAUGUGUCCCUUUAAUUUUCACACCCUCAGUAUUGUUAGAGAAAAGGACUAAAUAAUUUUUAUUUUAAUUAGCAAUACUGUGAUCUCUGAAAAUACUGGUGUGCUAACAAUAUUAAACCACAUGGAGAGCUUGGACCAUGAUAUAAAUUAGUUCUGCAGUGCUACAGUAAUCCAUCACUGAUCAACAAUCAUUCUUAAAGAUUGCAUCCCUAGGAUAACAGUAUUGUCUGUGCUGUGUUUUGUCCUAUAGGGGGAGCUCCUGAGUCCAUGCCGGUGUGAUGGAUCAGUCCGUUGUACCCACCAACCUUGUCUGGUUAAAUGGAUCAGCGAAAGAGGCUCCUGGAGCUGUGAACUUUGCUACUACAAGUAUCAUGUUAUCUCAAUAAGCACAAACAAUCCUCUUCAGGUAAAGGUACAUAGACUAUUUUCUUAUUUAUAGCACUGAGUGUUGUUUGGCUGUCCGAUAAUUGAAUGGACGCUAUGGUUGUAGACAUCUAGACAUUCUCCUAUGAUAUUAGAUACUUUUCAAUUAUGGGAAAACAUUCUCUAAUUUUCUCUCUUUUCUAUCUGCAAUAUAUCAGAAUAUUCUGUAUCUCCUGAAUCGUACCUUCUCUCUAAUGUACCCGUGAGUGAGGUCUAAUGUAGAUUUACUCAGUAAGCAGUGAAUUGUGGUAAAUGGACAACCAGUCUGAAUCUGUAAAUGUUGGCUAAAAUAACCAAUGAAGUCUUCAGUUUAAUAUUUUGGAUAAGCUUUCCUUUAUUGGUCUGAGUCUUCAAUCAGGAAACCCUAAAACGGGCACCGCAGAUAUUCUUAGAGCGUCAGCCUAGGGUCACUAGCUCCCCAUUCAGAAUGCAGAGUGAAAGAGAGUCAUAACUUUUUUGCUUCAUUUUUUGAACGGGAUCUAGGGGUGGGCUGAGAGCAUCAGUGUGGUCCGGCCUGGGGCUUCCUGAGUGAAGCAACCAAGAAAGGAGGUAUCUGGGCACGGCGACUGGGCCCCAUCUUUCAGAGUUUGGCAAGUUUGCGAUAUCUAGUCACCAUUUUUUACACUAGUACAGUUAUUUAUUUCUAUAUUGAUGUUUUAUUUUUACAUACUUUUUGUUUUAUAUAUGAUUAAUUUUUAAGAUAAUUUUUUCAUUAAAUUUCAUUAAAUUUGAAUUUCUGUCUGGUUACUACGUGCCCCUCUAAGUUUUACAAUAACCCAGCUUUGGCUGUUUUGGAAUGUACUGUAUGAUAAGCACAUCCUCUGCUGUUGGCUGUCGCAUUAUCAGUGCAUUACCAGGUGCGGUCAGGUUUCUCAGUAUUCUUCACAUUGCCAGUUGGUCAGUACUGGAAGUGAAUGUUAACAUUCCAAAGGGAAACAAAGUAUCCCAUGAUGUUCAGGAAGCCUUGUGUGGCGCAGGAACAUCAUUGAACUAAGAUUUUCCCCUUGGUCUGAUUAACCAUUAGAGAAGGACCUUUGUCAUCUGAAGGGACAUUUGUAUCAGCCCAAUCACCACCACCAACUGUGAACAGACUGUCCAUAAAUUGUGAAUUGUAGAGAAUGCAAUGUGAAUUGAAAAUGGAAUUCAGACCACAGUAUCUAGAUUAUGAACAAUGUUAAAUUCAGCUAUAUUGUCAGUUAAACUAUUUUGGUCUAAUAUUUGAAAUUCAUUUUAUUGAAUAAGCCUGUCAGUGCAUUUAGGGUUGCCGCUCGUAAUGUUUUAUUCUUUAAGGGGUCAUUGAAGUUAAAAUGUAUUGUGAAAGUUAAUUUGUGGUUGUUUGUCUUCCCCGUUCUCCCCCACAGACUAAUUUAGCUCUUUUUUUUUUAUAUUCUGUCGGAAUGUCUAUGACUGUAGUGGCAAGCCAUCUCCCUGACUGUCAUCGAAAAAGUGCAGAUCGCAGCCGCCAUCUUGGGCUCCCUCUUCCUCAUCGCCAGCAUUUCUUGGCUUAUCUGGUCUACAUUUAGCCCCUCAGCAAAAUGGCAGCGGCAGGAUCUGCUCUUCCAGAUCUGCUACGGGAUGUAUGGGUUUAUGGAUAUUGUCUGCAUAGGUAGGUCAAGAAAUUGUCGGUUUGUUCACUAAAACCAAAACAGAUUCUGCCACAAUUACUCAGUAAAUAUCACUAUCUAUUCCAAGGCUGAAGUGAAACGCAUAUUUACAAAUUAACAUUUACACAUUUUAUUUCUAAAUUUAACCUAGAACAUUUGGAGAGGGGGGAAAUAAAGCAAAUUAUAUUAUAUAUAUAUAUAUGGAAAUGCAAUUGUUUGUCUACUUUUGUAGUGUAACUAUCUCAUCAGCAAAUUUAAUGAAACACAUUUAAAAGGGAAAUUCUAUCAAGAACAGAAACGUAUAAUAAGUAAUAGAGUCACUAUUUUGGGUUCAAAUGCCUCAUUCCCUCUUUUCUAGGAGCUCCAUAUUGUUGGUGUGUCUAAGUGUAUAACAUAGCUCCACAGCAAUAAUACUCCCAGUAAUGUGUCUGAGUGUAUAAGAGAGCUCCACAGCAAUAAUACUCCCAGUAAUGUGUCUGAGAGUAUAACAGAGCUCCACAGCAAUAAUACUCCCAGUAAUGUGUCUGAGUGUAUAACAGAGCUCCACAGUAAUAAUACUCACAGUAAUGUGUCUGAGUGUAUAACAGAGCUCCACAGCAAUAAUACUCCCAGUAAUGUGUCUGAGUGUAUAACAUAGCUCCACAGCAAUAAUACUCCCAGUAAUGUGUCUGAGAGUAUAACAGAGCUCCACAGCAAUAAUACUCCCAGUAAUGUGUCUGAGUGUAUAACAGAGCUCCACAGUAAUAAUACUCACAGUAAUGUGUCUGAGUGUAUAACAGAGCUCCACAGUAAUAAUACUCCCAGUAAGGUGUCUGAGUGUAUAACAGAGCUCCACAGCAAUAAUACUCCAGGUAAUGUGUCUGAGUGUGUAACAGAGCUCCUCAGCAAUAAUACUCCCAGUAAUGUGUCUGAGUGUGUAACAGAGCUCCACAGUAAUAAUACUCCCAGUAAUGUGUCUGAGUGUAUAACAGAGCUCCACAGUAAUAAUACUCCCAGUAAUGUGUCUGAGUGUAUAACAGAGCUCCACAGCAAUAAUACUCCCAGUAAUGUGUCUGAGUGUAUAACAGAGCUCCACAGCAAUAAUACUCCCAGUAAUGUGUCUGAGUGUGUAACAGAGCUCCUCAGCAAUAAUACUCCCAGUAAUGUGUCUGAGUGUAUAACAGAGCUCCACAGCAAUAAUACUCCCAGUAAUGUGUCUGAGUGUAUAACAGAGCUCCACAGCAACAAUACUCCCAGUAAUGUGUCUGAGUGUAUAACAGAGCUCCACAGCAAUAAUACUCCCAGUAAUGUGUCUGAGUGUAUAACAGAGCUCCACAGCAAUUAUACUCCCAGUAAUGUGUCUGAGUGUAUAACAGAGCUCCACAGCAAUAAUACUCCCAGUAAUGUGUCUGAGUGUAUAACAGAGCUCCACAGCAAUAAUACUCCCAGUAAUGUGUCUGUGUGUAUAACAGAGCCCCACAGCAGUAAUACUCCCAGUAAUGUGUCUGAGUGUAUAGCAGAGCUCCACGGUAAUAAUACUCCCAGUAAUGUGUCUGAGUGUAUAACAGAGCCCCACAGCAAUAAUACUCCCAGUAAUGUGUCUUUAAACUACAAUAACAGUGUUUAGCAAUAAGUCUGUGUAACUUAGAUACUUGUUCUGAAUUACAUUUUCCAUUCAAUAAAUGGGUCAUGAACUCCUGUAGUACCCAGGAGUAACCCCUCCACCUCCAGGCACAUCCUAGAGUUCUGUCUAUGGAGACUAAAUUCCAUUAUAAAGAGUGGUCCUUUACAUGUAUCUGGUUGGGGUACGCGGUGGUGGAGGACAGUAAGGUAUCCCCUCUAAUGCAAGCAAUGUCGUUUCCUUUCCUGCUCUAGAUCAGUAGUGGAAUUUACGUUAGUAACGCGACUGAGAGUACUUUAAUCAGAUUGUCUAAAUUUUGUUAUCAAUAAUAACAAAAACAGGUAUUUCUCCCCCUGCUCCCUGCUCGCAGCUCCACACUGAAAACCAAUAAAGCAUCAAUCUCUUUUUAUAGGAAAAUUAACUUUCUUUUUAUAGGAAAAUAAACUUUGUGAGCAGCCCUAGUCACUCCUCUGCCCACUCUGCUAGCCACUGUCUCUAUGCAAAUGAGUCACGGAGUAGCAGACUAUAAUGUUUACAGCCGGCUGGUGCGUCUGACUUGCUGGUAUUAUGUGGAAUCAUAAAACAGAUCAUCAGUCGGCGCACAGAAGCAUCCCCUGCCCUCUAAUUUUGACAGAUGGUAAAUGGCUAUUUACUCCCCGUAUAUGUUCGAGCUUUGAAUGGGCUCUCUCGUACGUGAGUCUGGCUGAGGACGUGCGUCAUGUCAAUAAAUACCAAAUGUAAUUUUAAAAUGUCUACUGUUUGAUGCUUUACGUAAUAUUAAUCAGUUGUAACCAAGAAUGAGACCAUAGACCCCGCUGACUGUUUAGUCAUCGACCAUCAACUCUUAGAAGCAUGAGGGAAACAUAUUUUUUCCAUAUUGUAUCAGAAGAUAAUGAUCGAGAGUCACUGCUGUCAAUGAGAUACAGAAGGAAGCAGGUUUCACAGGUUCAGCUGUGAUGAAAAAACAAUGUUAUUUUACUUCCAUUGCUGAUAAUUUUUGCAUAAGAACACAAAUAUCUUUAAAGAAUGAAUGUCUGGAACAGCAUAACCCAUGACCUUAAGGAAGAUACUUUGUGAAGACCUAUAUCAGAUAAUCAAUAAAAAUACCACAGCAAUGUUAACUGCGUAAAGUAAGCCUUGACUGGAGCUUGAAACUCAUUGUUAUUAUUCCUUCGAUCCAUCACCAGGUCGUACUCUCGGACGACCUUUCUGUAAUGAGAACAUGGUUUCCACAAGGAGUAAAAAAUAAAAAUAGCCAGGAAUUCUCCCAGGUGUCAAAUAACUAGGAGAUUGUAAGAUCAAGAAGAAAGGGCGAUCAAAGUUGGGAUGUCUGAGGUUCCUUCUCAUUAAAGGGCAGCUUUGUACUAGAAGCCAUUCGGUUAGGCCAAACUUGCACAUUUGAUAUUGCAGUAAUGGUUUUAAUUGGCCGUGAAAAGUCUAUGUCAGCUUUGUCGGGUACAACAUAUGUUUUUACUGUCUCUCGAUGACAGGUUUGGUAAAAUAUCAUGUAACGGAAGGCCAAGGUUGAAGACCCCAGCUUUAAAAACCACUUAAAGGGACUGUCUAAGCUUCAACACUUUAUAUCUUAAUGUAGUGGUUUUGGUGGAAUGAUACUGUCAUUGCAUUCUUAUAGAUUUAAGCAUGGCCGGCCCAUCCAGAAAUAUGAGAUAGGGUUGCCAGAUACAAUGUGUUUUCCUGAAUGCAUGUCAGAUCAUGAAAAGUGCUGAAUCACAAAAUGCAGGAUUCACAUCCAGCAGGAAGGAAUGGAAGGAAUCAGUUAAGGACAUAUCCUAAAAGAACUGCAUUGCUACAUGGCGAAUUAGUAUGUGUGCAGAGUACAUGGUAGUUUUGGUAAAUCUAAUGCCUUGGCCCUAAGGGUUAAACAGAACAAUCUCACCAUCAACCAAGAAAGGCUGGAUCCUCCUCAAUACUUCUGAAAAUCUAUCUCAGCUGUUUGCAGUGAGCUUGGGAAUAGAACAAACACUCGGCUUCUGUUGUGUACAGCGGUGAAAGGGACGCUUGCCAAAAUUCAACAAUCCGCCGCUCUGAAUGAUCUAUUUAUGGCUGUUUCCACUCUGUAUUUUCGUUAUUGGGGGAUCUUCACUUCAUAUCUUCAUCACUGUCUGCAUUAUAAAGUCUCACAUAAAUAUCCACCAAACUCCGUAUUGUAGUGAAUUGAAACCCAAGUGGUAUAAUGAAUGAUAAAUUCCUCGUCCCCUUUAUAAUACUGUAAAGCGCUGGGGAUUAUGUUGGUGCUAUAUAAAUAAUAAUAAUAAUAACUUGGCUAUACUCACAGCUUGGCUACUUUAGCCUUAAUUUUACACUUAGACGUCAAUUCACUGCCGUUCAGAGUUUACUGAAUAAGCCUGGAAGUUGGAAUUAUUGCAAAUCCAAAGUGAUUUUUAUAUGUUAGACCAAAAUAGUCGAACUGGUAGAAAAUAUCCAAGUCAGCUGUGUUUUCAGUCGUCUAUUUCUCUCUAAAAGGUGGAAUUCUCCUUUGAAUCCCAACAAUUGAUAUUUUAUAGAGUAACUCAGCCUGUGAGCUGGAUGCUGAGCAGCGGCAGUUUUGAAAAUAUGCACUAUCCACUAUGCAUUAUAAACUGUGCACUAUAAUCUAUGCACUAUAAACCAUGCACUAUACACUAUGCACUAUAAACCGUGCAUUAUACACUAUAAACUGUGCACUAUACACUAUGCAUUAUAAACUGUGCACUAUAAACUGUGCACUAUACACUAUGCACUAUACACUAUGCACUAUACACUAUGCAUUAUAAACUGUGCACUAUAAACUAUGCAUUAUACACUAUGCACUAUACACUAUGCACUAUACACUAUGCACUAUAAACUAUGCACUAUACACUAUGCAUUAUAAACUGUGCACUAUAAACUAUGCACUAUACACUAUACACUAUGCAUUAUAAACUAUGCACUAUACACUAUGCAUUAUAAACUAUGCACUAUACACUAUGCACUAUACACUAUGCAUUAUAAACUAUGCAUUAUAAACUGUGCACUAUAAACUAUGCAUUAUAAACUGUGCACUAUAAACUAUGCACUAUACACUAUGCAUUAUAAAAUGUGCACUAUAAACUAUGCACUAUGCACUAUGCAUUAUAAACUGUGCACUAUAAACUGUGCACUAUAAACUGUGCACUAUAAACUAUGCACUAUACACUAUGCAUUAUAAACUAUGCACUAUACACUAUGCAUUAUAAACUGUGCACUAUAAACUAUGCACUAUACACUAUGCAUUAUAAACUGUGCACUAUACACUAUGCAUUAUAAACUGUGCACUAUACACUAUGCACUAUACACUAUGCAUUAUAAACUGUGCACUAUCCACUAUGCAUUAUAAACUGUGCACUAUACACUAUGCAUUAUAAACUGUGCACUAUCCACUAUGCAUUAUAAACUGUGCACUAUACACUAUGCAUUAUAAACUAUGCACUAUAAACUAUGCACUAUACACUAUGCAUUAUAAACUAUGCACUAUAAACUAUGCACUAUACACUAUGCAUUAUAAACUGUGCACUAUCCACUAUGCAUUAUAAACUGUGCACUAUACACUAUGCAUUAUAAACUAUGCACUAUACACUAUGCAUUAUAAACUAUGCACUAUAAACUAUGCACUAUACACUAUGCAUUAUAAACUGUGCACUAUAAACUGUGCACUAUCCACUAUGCAUUAUAAACUGUGCACUAUAAACUAUGCACUAUACACUAUGCACUAUAAACUGUGCACUAUAAACUAUGCACUAUACACUAUGCAUUAUAAACUGUGCACUAUAAACUAUGCACUAUGCACUAUAAACUGUGCACUAUAAACUAUGCACUAUACACUAUGCAUUAUAAAAUGUGCACUAUAAACUAUGCACUAUACACUAUGCAUUAUAAAAUGUGCACUAUACACUAUGCACUAUAAACUGUGCACUAUAAACUAUACACUAUGCAUUACAAACUGUGCACUAUAAACUAUGCACUAUACACUAUGCAUUAUAAACUGUGCACUAUAAACUAUGCACUAUACACUAUGCAUUAUAAACUGUGCACUAUAAACUGUGCACUAUACACUAUGCAUUAUAAACUGUGCACUAUAAACUGUGCACUAUACACUAUGCAUUAUAAACUGUGCACUAUAAACCUUGCACUAUACACUAUGCACUAUAAACCAUGCAUUAUAAACUAUGCUCUAUAAACCAUGCAUUAUAAACCAUGCACUAUACACUAUGCAUUAUAAACCAUGCAUUAUAAACUAUGCACUAUAAACCAUGCAUUAUAAACCAUGCACUAUACACUAUGCAUUAUAAACCAUGCAUUAUAAACCAUGCACUAUACACAAUGCAUUAUAAACCAUGCAUUAUAAACUAUGCACUAUAAACCAUGCAUUAUACACUAUGCACUAUAAACUAUGCACUAUAAACCAUGCAUUAUAAACCAUGCAUUAUAAACCAUGCAUUAUAAACUAUGCACUUCCGUCUUUAACGUUUUUAGCCCAGUCCCCUAUCUGCCAGGAAAUUGCAGCAUCUCAUGAUGACAGAGUCCAAUCACUGAUACCAGAGAAAGGUUCUGGGUUCUCUUCCUCUGCCAGGCUUGGAUAUUCUUUAUGGGACAAACUGCAAGUUAGCAGAAUUUGGGCCAACCUGGUGUUCCUGAAUUCUUAGCCUGAAAUGGACCCAAAUUAUGGACUAAUCAAUUCCACCCACCGUGCCCAUAAAAGAGAUGAUUGGCUAGGGGACAGUCACUAAAUGUUGAUUUUAUUCACAGAUCAAAUAUAAGAGACCAAUAAAGGUUAAAAAAAAAAAGAUUUGUUUUCAAUUUCUUUUUUCCUGCUCCUCCUGUUUUCACACCAAAUAGUGGGAAAGUGCUCCUAUCAGUGUACUGCAAAAUAUACACUGCUCAAAAAAAUAAAGGGAACACAAAAAUAACACAUCCUAGAUCUGAAUGAAUUAAAUAUUCUUCUGAAAUACUUUGUUCUUUACAUAGUUCAAUGUGCUGACAACAAAAUCACACAAAAAUUUUAAAAAUGGAAAUCAAAUUUUUCAACACAUGGAGGUCUGGAUUUGGAGUCACACUCAAAAUUAAAGUGGAAAAACACACCACAGGAUGAUCCAGCUUUGAUGUAAUGUCCUUAAAACAAGUCAAAAUGAGGCUCAGUAGUGUGUGGCCUCCACGUGCCUGUAUGACCUCCCUACAAUGCCUGUGCAUGCUCCUGAUGAGGUGGCGGAUGGUCUCCUGAGGGAUCUCCUCCCAGACCUGGACUAAAGCAUCUGCCAACUCCUGGACAGUCUGUGGUGCAACGUGACCUUGGUGAAUGGAGCAAGACAUGAUGUCCCAGAUGUGCUCAAUUGGAUUCAGGUCUGGGGAACGGGUGGGCCAGUCCAUAGCAUUAAUGCCUUCGUCUUGCAGGAACUGCUGACACACUCCAGCCACAUGAGGUCUAGCAUUGUCUUGCAUUAGGAGGAACCCAGGACCAACCGCACCAGCAUAUGGUCUUACAAGGGGUCUGAGGAUCUCAUCUCGUUACCUAAUGGCUGUCAGGCUACCUCUGGCGAGCACAUGGAGGGCUGUGCGGCCCCCCAAAGAAAUGCCACCCACACCAUUACUGACCCACUGCCAAACCGGUCAUGCUGCAGGAUGUUGCAGGCAGCAGAACGUUCUCCACGGCGUCUCCAGACUCUGUCACGUCUGUCACAUGUGCUCAGUGUGAACCUGCUUUCAUCUGUGAAGAGCACAGGGCGCCAGUGGCGAAUUUGCCAAUCUUGGUGUUUUCUGGCAAAUGCCAAACGUCCUGCACGGUGUUGGGCAGUAAGCACAACCCCCACCUGUGGACAUCGGGCCCUCAUACCACCCUCAUGGAGUCUGUUUCUGACCGUUUGAGCAGCAACAUGCACAUUUGUGGCCUGCUGGAGGUCACUUUGCAGGGCUCUGGCAGUGCUCCUCCUGUUCCUCCUUGCACAAAGGCGGAGGUAGCGGACCUGCUGCUGGAUUGUUGCCCUCCUACGGCCUCCUCCAUGUCUCCUGAUGUACUGGCCUGUCUCCUGGUAGCGCCUCCAUGCUCUGGACACUACGCUGACAGACACAGCAAACCUUCUUGCCACAGCUCACAUUGAUGUGCCAUCCUGGAUGAGCUGCACUACCUGAGCCACUUGUGUAGGUUGUAGACUCCGUCUCAUGCUACCACUAGAGUGAAAGCACCGCCAGCAUUCAAAAGUGACCAAAACAUCAGCCAGGAAGCAUAGGAACUGAGAAGUGGUCUGUGGUCACCACCUGCAGAACCACUCCUUUAUUGUGGGUGUCUUGCUAAUUGCCUAUAAUUUCCACCUGUUGUCUAUCCCAUUUGCACAACAGCAUGUGAAAUUGAUUGUCACUCAGUGUUGCUUCCUAAGUGGACAGUUUGAUUUCACAGAAGUGUGAUUGACUUGGAGUUACAUUGUGUUGUUUAAGUGUUCCCUUUAUUUUUUUGAGCAGUGUACAUAUUGACCCAUUUUGGUUUGCUCUUCCAAUUUGGUUCGAGUUCGAAAUGACAUUUAUACAAAUUUUAUGCAUCCCAAAAAAUGUUCUAUCUUUGGAAAAAAUUAUUCUGCAGAACCCAAAUUUCUCACCAUCAAGUAUACAGUGAUACAGUAUAUAUAAUGAAAUAAGAAAAAGCAAGGCUUCAGUUUUUCAUGCCCCUCUACAUUAAUAUAAGUCAAAAUAACUCCAAUUUAUCUCAUGAUAUAGAGAAGUAUUCUAUGCAAAAAGACAGCACAAUCCUUUAACACCCACAGCUCAAUAAAGGAUUCCAGCAGAAUUUGGAAAAUAAUCUCUGUGCUGCAUAUCUGCAGUAUUUUAAAUCAUUGGACAUUUUUGGGUCUUUAACAGUGAUAAUACACUUAUUUUGAGCUUAAUAGAGUGCAAGCCUUUUGGACCAGAACUCACACAGUUGUAAGAAUGUUGUUUUGUGUAGAUCCUUGACAAUGAAUAUAUAAAAUAUGACCUGAUUGCUUCAAUUCUGCUUAGCGUUUCCACUCGUUCACCUUUUUUCCCAAGCAUCAUGUCUCCAGCUGCCAGUCAGAGAGAUGAAUUAUUAUUUUUCACUAACAUGGUUAUUUUAGGUUUAUGAUUGGGAGUUAAUAUCCCCAGAGACGGUAGUUUAGCCCUGUAGCCCAAACAAAAUAAGAGUUCGAUAUAGCUGUGAGUGAUUCCUUCUAUCUAUCUUCCAAUCUUUAUAAAAUGAGCUGCAUUCAUUCCCUGUGCGAGUGGGGAUCUCAGGGCACAAGUGGCUGCAGCUAUUUCAUUCCCUUGUGUUUAAUAACAAAGAUUAAAUUGGGUGUUUCAUGUCGCACAAUCACAUGUAUAUAGAUUGCAUUAUAUAUAUUAAAAAUUAUUUUGUUUUAUUUUAUUGUAAAGCGCUGAGGAAUAAACUUGUGCUAUAUAAAUAGCAAUAAUAAUACUAAUAAUAACAACAUAUAUACAAAAUAACAACACUGGAACGAAUCCAAAGCAUGCUGUAGAUUGCAGAUAAAUCAUUCUCUUGCAGGUCAAUGUGAUACAUUUUAUUUAUUUCAUAAUCACAGUUAAAUCAGAUUCAUCUUCUAUGAUCUAAUAGUUGCAGCUGUGCUGGUCCCGCCAUAUACCUUGCAGGAUUAUUCACGGAGAGCCAAAUAGCUGAGCUGAAAACAGGGAUAAUUGGGGAGAAAAAAAUUCAAAUUUGGCUAUUGUGGAUGGAGAUUUUAAAUUUGUGCUGAAUGUACUUUAGAUUCCUGGCAAUUCAUUCUUUGCAGAAUAUGACAGACCGCUUGGCACCCCAGGACACCUGUAGUGCUUCAGCCCCAAGCCGCUGCAGCUUGGCUGGGGUCUCUCCAUUGCUUCCUGCCCUGUAACAGUGAUUAAGCUCUCCUGCAGAAAGGACAGGUGUCUAGCUGAUUCACCCAAACACUAGUCCAAGGGUGAAAAGGAACUGGUUUAUUAUGGCUAAGUUGCUUGCUUAUAUACACAACCCCCAGCAUGGGGUCUCCAAACAAUACAAUGGAAGUCCCUCACAGAGAUUUCUGUGCCUGGGAGAUAAUUGAGUUAAAGACCGGGAAGCUAAUUAUCUCCCAGGGACAGAGAGCCAAACACAAAAACAUAAAAUGAAAAAAUACCCCCAAACAUCUUAAAAAUAUAUAGUAACCCCACACGUCCUACAUCCCCAAACAGCCCUGGCCUGAGCGCCCAAGUUGUCCAAACAGCACCCAGAUCUAUGCAGUAUAGGGGAAAUGCCAUCAAUUUUAAAGUUCUGAUCGGUCGCACACAUGGUCCUAGCCCGAAAUAAUUCCAGAGCGUUUUGUGCUUUUGCUGGUCAACUUUCGGGAGCUCAUGCCGCCGAAAUACAGGGUGUUCUGUCUGGCUUUCAGGAAGCAUUUGUUUAACUUAGUCUCAGACACCUUCCCUCCAAAAAGCGAUCUCCUAGCGGGUCGCGAGGUGGUUUAAAACCCUGAACCAAGUUCUCCGGGAACCGCAAGGUCACCAAGCUGAAAACAGUUCCAUAACAUUCGUGGCUAAGUAUCGCUGAGGUGACCGGGAACCCCAAACUCCUAAUGCCGAAAUUAGUUCCAUGGGUGUCGCAGCUAAGUACAGCUGCCAGGAAGGUAACGUUCAAUUCCAGAGAAGGGAAAAUGCCAAACCAGGGGCACCCAGGGAAAGCUGCUAACGGCAGCUAGGCAGGGUAACUCCAGAACAAGGUCUCAGAUCUGGACCAUAGUCUGUGGGCAGGUGUAAUGUGCAACCCAAAAUGCAGAGUGAAAACCCACCAGAAUAAAUGGAGACAGAUAGAAAGUCCCUAAACCUUUCCUUAGAAUGGCCAUAAAAUAGAAUAUAAUUCAAGGAAAGUCAGAAAUACACUAAUACGAGAGACAAAAGCCGAGCUGGGGAGCUAGAAAUACACAAGUACGAGUAACAAAGUCAAGGGAAGACAGAAAACAGAGUAGUCAAGAGCAAGCCGGGUCAAAACCAAUCAAUACCAAAAGAAUGCGCUAUCGUGACACCACAGGGCCCUGUGCUUUGGGCAGACUGGGGUUUUAUAUGGUUGGGGUCGUGGUUAGCAUAACCACACACCCCAAAAGGUGCGUGUGUGCUGAGCUCUACUGCUUAGAGCUCAUGUGACAUCAUGACGCCUGCACGCGUGCGCCGCAUCAUAAAAAGGGGCGUGCACACAGCGGACGGCGUCCAUGAAGCUGUCUGGAACCUCAUACUGCGUGGGAACGGAGAUCCACCGGAUCGGAGCAUUGGCAGAUCGGCGAACUGCCAGGGUAAGUACAAGGGGGCUGACAGCAGGAGGCCAGCUUCCACACUCCUCCAGGGGUACGUGGCAAACGUCCAUGGAUAAGAGCGUUUGUCACACUGAAUAACCCUGUUUGUAUUUUGUUUAAACAUCCUUUCUUGAGCAAAGUUCUAAACAUGGAACAAUCAGCAGGAACAUUCCAUUGGUUUCUAUUGUGACUCCUCCACUUUUAGGACUUUGCUCCAGAAUGUCUCUUUAGACAGAGCUACCACGUUUUGUAAUGUGGCAUUGCGGGAAUGUGGAGCCAUUUCUAUAUGACUGAUUUAUCUGGCCUAGGGAAGAUUUUAGUCUCUUUGACUUCGACCCACAUCCAGACCAUUCUCUGCCCUUCGUAGGCCACUGCUAUACAUGUGUGGGCAUUCAUUUACCUUGCCCAUUUGCCUUAUUAAAAAUGGUUUAGAUUGGAUUUGUGAUGCAGUGAUGUAUUUGUGUCUGUUUUUGUAGCAUAGCUACAUUAAACCUCAUUGGAAAUGUUUCUCUUUAAAUAUUGCCCACAUUGUUUGUUUUUUUAUUUAGUUUUUUUGCAAAUAAAUCAUUGUUUGAUGACGGAUCUCCUCCUCUCCCUCCAGCGCCUGCUCUCGUUUUACCGCUUCCUGCUUCCAACACAAGCAAUCGAUAGCCAAUUUACUACUUUGCAAUGAAAGGAACUGUAAAAACAGAUACUCUGCUCAUUUCUAAAUUGGAAAUCAUUUGGAGGGAAUCUAAAACAUAAUUUGCAUUUAUUAUUCUCAAAUCGUAACCAGACACUGAGAAUUAACAAAGAUGCCCGUUCCAAAUUAAUUAAUCUAGCAGAAUAAAUGUCACUAUUUAGCAAAUUAGGUGCCAAGUAAAGCGUGAUGGUGUUUAGCGGGAAGCUUGUUCACAGACGAAGAUAAGGGAGUGCAUGAUCCUUCAAGACCUCAAAUAGCACUUCAGCGGACAUCUGAGACGCUGAAAGCUUAUGGGUGACUGGAUGAUUCAGGGGUCCAUUUCUUGUUUUUGUCUCCUUUCCUUGUCGGUGUUGUCAUUUGAUGGGGAUUAAAGUGUCAUUUCUUGCUCCACAAAUAGAUUGUUCUUUAAAAUGUUACUGAAGAGAGCAUUAUGAGAGCAUUAUGAUGUGCAACAGCUUUCUCAAUAUCUAAUUAUUAGCUUUUAUGGAUACAGUAACAGUGAUGUAAAAGGAUGAGGACCAUCCUCGGUCUACAAACACAUCAUUUUGUGCUAUUAAGUGAGAGAUAAGUUUCUCUCAGAAAACUGAAUAUUAAUAUUUUCAUAGUUGUUAUAUAAGAUUGUUACUUUAAGACCGGAGAUAAAAUGAUCUCUAAUAAUAAGAUUUGCCCGAUGUUGGGAGAGCUUAUCAAUAUUUUAGACUUGAUAGAAUUGGUCAAUAUUUAGCAUUUGCCAAGCCCUUUUAUUGACGGCUCUUAUCUCCAAACUCAGAACGAUGUAUUGGUUUAAUAGUUAUUCUAAAAGGGAACUGUUACUUGCUACGAUGUCUAACAUUAUGCUUGCUUAACUCCCAUAAUUAACAAAUAUGUAUUUGUGAGAUAUAAAAAAUAAAAUUAAUUGUAGAAAUCCACAUUUCUUUAUCCUGCAACUGGGCGUGAUGGGAAACUAAUUGUUUUACCUAUGCAAUGCUUAGCGCGCCUCCAUCUUAGCUCCCUGUCAGUCAUUGUUAUAAGCUCCACCUUUUACACCUGGCAGUCAGUAUAGAGAGAGCCGCCUCCAUCUUAGCUCCCUGUCAAUCAUUGUUAUAAGCUCCGCCCUUUACACCUGGCAGUCAGUAUAGAGAGAGCCACCUCCAUCUUAGCUCCCUGUCAAUCAUUGUUAUAAAGCUCCGCCCUUUACACCUGGCAGUCAGUAUAGAGAGAGCCACCUCCAUCUUAGCUCCCUGUCAAUCAUUGUUAUAAGCUCCGCCCUUUACACCUGGCAGUCAGUAUAGAGAGAGCCACCUCCAUCUUAGCUCCCUGUCAAUCAUUGUUAUAAGCUCCGCCCUUUACACCUGGCAGUCAGUAUAGAGAGAGCCGCCUCCAUCUUAGCUCCCUGUCAAUCAUUGUUAUAAGCUCCGCCCUUUACACCUGGCAGUCAGUAUAGAGAGAGCCACCUCCAUCUUAGCUCCCUGUCAAUCAUUGUUAUAAGCUCCGCCCUUUACACCUGGCAGUCAGUAUAGAGAGAGCCACCUCCAUCUUAGCUCCCUGUCAGUCAUUGUUAUAAGCUCCGCCCUUUACACCUGGCAGUCAGUAUAGAGAGAGCCGCCUCCAUCUUAGCUCCCUGUCAAUCAUUGUUAUAAGCUCCGCCCUUUACACCUGGCAGUCAGUAUAGAGAGAGCCACCUCCAUCUUAGCUCCCUGUCAAUCAUUGUUAUAAGCUCGCCCAUACCUGGCAGUCAGUAUAGAGAGCCGCCUCCCGCUCCCUGUCAAUCAUUGUUAUAAUACCUGGCAGUCAGUAUAGAGAGAGCCGCCUCCAUCUUAGCUCCCUGUCAAUCAUUGUUAUAAGCUCCGCCCUUUACACCUGGCAGUCAGUAUAGAGAGAGCCAGCCUCCAUCUUAGCUCCCUGUCAAUCAUUGUUAUAAGCUCCGCCCUUUACACCUGGCAGUCAGUAUAGAGAGAGCCGCCUCCAUCUUAGCUCCCUGUCAAUCAUUGUUAUAAGCUCCGCCCUUUACACCUGGCAGUCAGUAUAGAGAGAGCCGCCUCCAUCUUAGCUCCCUGUCAAUCAUUGUUAUAAGCUCCGCCCUUUACACCUGGCAGUCAGUAUAGAGAGAGCCGCCUCCAUCUUAGCUCCCUGUCAAUCAUUGUUAUAAGCUCCGCCCUUUACACCUGGCAGUCAGUAUAGAGAGAGCCGCCUCCAUCUUAGCUCCCUGUCAAUCAUUGUUAUAAGCUCCGCCCUUUACACCUGGCAGUCAGUAUAGAGAGCCACCUCCAUCUUAGCUCCCUGUCAAUCAUUGUUAUAAGCUCCGCCCUUUACACCUGGCAGUCAGUAUAGAGAGAGCCACCUCCAUCUUAGCUCCCUGUCAAUCAUUGUUAUAAGCUCCGCCCUUUACACCUGGCAGUCAGUAUAGAGAGAGCCACCUCCAUCUUAGCUCCCUGUCAAUCAUUGUUAUAAGCUCCGCCCUUUACACCUGGCAGUCAGUAUAGAGAGAGCCACCUCCAUCUUAGCUCCCUGUCAAUCAUUGUUAUAAGCUCCGCCCUUUACACCUGGCAGUCAGUAUAGAGAGAGCCACCUCCAUCUUAGCUCCCUGUCAAUCAUUGUUAUAAGCUCCGCCCUUUACACCUGGCAGUCAGUAUAGAGAGAGCCGCCUCCAUCUUAGCUCCCUGUCAAUCAUUGUUAUAAGCUCCGCCCUUUACACCUGGCAGUCAGUAUAGAGAGAGCCGCCUCCAUCUUAGCUCCCUGUCAAUCAUUGUUAUAAGCUCUGCCCUUUACACCUGGCAGUCAGUAUAGAGAGAGCCACCUCCAUCUUAGCUCCCUGUCAAUCAUUGUUAUAAGCUCCGCCCUUUACACCUGGCAGUCAGUAUAGAGAGAGCCACCUCCAUCUUAGCUCCCUGUCAAUCAUUGUUAUAAGCUCCACCCUUUACACCUGGUAGUCAGUAUAGAGAGAGCCACCUCCAUCUUAGCUCCCUGUCAAUCAUUGUUAUAAGCUCCGCCCUUUACACCUGGCAGUCAGUAUAGAGAGAGCCACCUCCAUCUUAGCUCCCUGUCAAUCAUUGUUAUAAGCUCCGCCCUUUAUACCUGGCAGUCAGUAUAGAGAGAGACACCUCCAUCUUAGCUCCCUGUCAAUCAUUGUUAUAAGCUCCGCCCUUUACACCUGGCAGUCAGCAGAGAGAGAGCAUACAUGAAAGAGGAGAAUUGAAACAAUAUUACUGUUUCUUCUCCUCAUUUGCACUGUGUGCCUUGGCUAUGCCUUGUCUGAACUGGAUUGUGAUGUUAACUGCUAAAAAAAAAGCUUAAUAGAAAUGCAAAAGAAAAUGGAGCAUUGCAUGAAAAAAAGUUAACACAAAUUAUAGAUGAAUUCCAAUGUUUUAUUCAGUUAAGUGAUAUCCAGAGAAAUGAAGAUUAGCCUUUAUUAUCCUUGAUAAGCCUUGGAUGCAGCUCAUAUUACAGAGAAGUCUGAUGCAAUAUUGGCAAACUUUCCAGGGAAAAAACAGUGUUGUAUUUAGAUGUCAGGUUUAACAAAUGCUGAACAAGUCACGUUAUUAGAUCUUCUAAAACUGUCUAUGUGUUGUCUUUUAUUUAUUUCUAACAUAUUUACCAUUGUAAGUCAGUGCUUAGAAGAUGAGGAGGUUUGAUACAAGAGACUAAAUCAACUAUUAGAAGCAUUGUCAAAAUUAAAUUAUCAACAUUUUUAUGAUCACUUGAUUAAUGCAAAGAAUUGUUUUUCACAGGCACACUUUAAUGUAAACUGAAUACAUAGAUAUAUGCAUUCUAUUUUAUUUUUUAAAGAUAUUAAUCGAGAGUUAUUGUGGCAAACAUAAAAAUGGGUAGAGCUCUCAUCUUGUGGAACUAGUGGUAUGUGUCUGGUGGUCUUUACAGAGAUUGCGCCACUUUUAAAACUUUGCCUCACUUUUCUGUUUGUGAUACAUAAAUGAUGACCUCAUGUAAACUGCCUUUAUUUUCCCAUCACUCUACAGGUUUGAUAAUCCACGAAGGUCCUUCAGUUUUCCGGAUCUUUAAACGGUGGCAAGCCGUCAAUCAACAAUGGAAAGUUCUGAACUAUGACAAGUCUAAAGAUUUGGAGGACCAGAAAUUAGGAUCUAGCCAACGGACAAACCAACGAAGCUCCUUUCAGACUAAUAACUCUUCCUCCAAUGGCGGCUUAGCAAAUAACGCCACUGCAUCAGAUAGCGUUAACAAUAACAGCGUUCAAGCUGCCAUUCCAUCUAACCAUCACUGUGCUUACACUAUCUUCCACAUCCUCAGCCAUCUUAGACCACAUGAACAGAGAAGCCAAACUAGCACAAACAGAGAGUUUGUAAUGAGAGUAACAACUGUUUGA